AUGCACACAGGUAGGAUGGAGGACACACCUAGCUUGACAGGAGUACACAGGAAAAGCAUCUCAGAGUCUUAGGCCUUAUCCACAUUCCCACUUGACCUGCUGCUUCCCCCCAGGGAAAACUGCUCUUUAGUACUCAAUCGGAGCAAACAGCAAUGCAAGUUUUCACCAGAUGGACAUUUGCUCUGAAUUAGCACUAAAGAGUGGGUUUUCCCUGGGAGAGGAGAGGGGCAAGAUGAAAACGGCUCAGAACCAGUACUUUCUAGGCACAGGACGAGUGGCAGUGUGGCCAUAAUAGACCACAAGCUUAAUGGCAGCAAAAAAUGCAGCAAAAAAUGCUAUUCUAAGCUGCAUCAACAGAAGUCUAGCAUCUGGAUCAAGGGAAGGAAUAGUCCCACUCUAUUCUACCUUGGUCAGACCACACCUGGAGUCCACUUCUGAGCACCACAAUUUAAAGAUGAUCCUGGCAAGCUGGAACAUGGGCAGAGGAGGGUGACCAAGUUAUUAAAAGGUCUAAAAAUAAAGCCUGAUGAGCAACGGUUGAGGGAAUUAGGUAUGUUUAGCCUGGGAAAGAAAGGAUUGAGAGGAGAGAUGAGGGCCAUCUUCAAACGUCUCAAGGGCUGUCAUAUGGAGAAUGGAGCAAGUUUGUUUUCUUCUGUUCCAGAGGGUAGGAAGCAAUGGAUUCAAAGGAGAGGAAAGGUGAUUCUGACAUAAUAUUAGGAAGAUCUUUCUGAUGGUAAGAGCUGUUCAACAGUGGAAUGGACUUCCUCAGAAGGUGGUGGGCCAUCUUUCACUCAAGACUUUUAAGCUGAGGUUGGGGGGGGGUCAUCUGCCAGGGGUUCUUAAUUGUGAUUCCUACCUGGGGCUCCUACUGCCAGAAAGUUCUUCCUAAUAGUUAGUUGGAAUCUCCUGCCUUGCAAUUUGAAUCCUUAGUUUGAGCCCCACCUGGAAUAAUGACAGCUUACAGACAGUGAGAAGAAACUGGUUUUUUAAAAUAUAUAUACUGUAUUUUUCGCUCUAUAAGACGCACCAGACCAUAAGACGGACCUGAUUUUUGGAGGAGGAAAACAAGAAAAAAAAAUUCUGAAUCUCAGAAGCCAGAACAACAAGAGGGAUCGCUGCGCAGCGAAAGCAGUGAUCCCUCUUGCUGUUCUGGCAUCUGGGAUAGCUGCGCAGCCUGCAUUCACUCCAUAAGACGCACACACAUUUCCCCUUACUUUUUAGGAGGGAAAAAGUGAGUCUUAUAGAGCAAAAAAUAAGGGUAUAUACAUACAUACACACACAUACACACACACAUAUAUAAUUGAAUUAUUAUGCAAAUACAAAUGAAACAAAGUAUACAAACAUUUCAACUGAAUACAAAAAAGGGGGAAGAAAAGAAACAGAAAAAAGAAAAAGAAAAAAGAAAACAUAAUAAUAAAUAAAAAUAAAUUUUUAUUUAUACCCGCCCUUCCUGGUUCAGAAAACUGGGCUCAGGGCGGCUAACAACAAAUUUAAAACACUUAAUUGAUGCAACAAAAAACGCAACACAAAAAGUAAGAACAUAAGUAUAGUACAAGCUAACUAUAAUAGACAUCCCAUAAUGUCAUUUCUCUACCGAGAUGCUGACCCUUCUGGGGUGGAUCACUUUUUUAUUAUACUGUUGGUUUUUUUACUUCCAUUGACCUCGCGGUGGUUCAUUUCCUAUAGCUAGAACAAUUUCUCUGUAUUUCAAUAUAUUCCUCAUCUUGGUACAAGGAGACAUUUUCCCAAGCUUACAGGUUUAUUCUAAACACAACCAAAUCUUGGUUGUUGAACCUUGACUCCAAUAUGUAGGUAUUUAGGCAGCCCCAUUACUUCUGGACUAUUUAUUUGGCUUGUUCCUUAAGGCUUCCGUCAACUUAGCGAGUUCCAAGUCCUCACUCAGCUUUUGUAGCCCUUCUUCUCUAGUUGGUAUAUGGUCAGCCUUCCAGUGCUUUGUUGUUGUUUAGUCAUGUCCGACUCUUUGUGACCCCCUGGACCAGAGCACGCCAGGCCCUCCUGUCUUCCACUGCCUCCUGCAGUUUGGUCAAACUCAUGUUGGUAGCUUUGAGAACACUGUACUGUCCCACCAUCUCGUCCUCUGUUGUCCCCUUCUCCUUGUGCCCUCCAUCUUUCCCAACAUCAGGGUCUUUUCCAGGGAGUCUUCUCUUCUCAUGAGGUGGCCAAAGUCUUGGAGCCUCAGCUUCAGGAUCUGUCCUUCCAGUGAGCACUCAGGGCUGAUUUCCUUAAGAAUGGAGAGGUUGGAUCUUCUUGUAGUCCAUGGGACUCUCAAGAGUCUCCUCCAGCACCAUAAUUCAAAAGCAUCCAUUCUUUGGCGAUCAGUCUUCUUUGUGUUCCAGCUCUCACUUCCAUACAUCACUACUGGGAAAACCAUACCUUUAACUAUAUGGACCUUUGUUGGCAAGGUGAUGUCUCUGCUUUUUAAGAUGCUGCCUAGGUUUGUCAUUGCUUUUCUCCCAAGAAGCAGGCGUCUUUUAAUUUCAUGACAGCUGUCCAGUGCUUAGCAAGUUAGUAGUGAAAAGAAACUGUUAAAUCCUUGUUGGGUGGGGGGAAUGUUGUAAAAACAGAGCCAGGAGAUCUUCUGAUGAUUGAAGAUAUUUGCUGAUGUGUUUACAGCCUUGAUGCUUCCUCUGUGCCUGGGAUUGCUCUGUCUGAUAAGGUUGUUGCUAAGUUACCCGGUUGCAGCUCCGCUUGCUAUGUGACUUAAUGUCUACUUGUGUGUAAAGCUAAGGUGAGGGCAGGCCUCUGUGCAGUUGAGGGGCCUAACAAUUUAACCCCUGUGUUGCAAACAAUAGUCAGUAAUAUCCAAGGCAUAUUAUAUACUUAUACAUUUUCAUUCACCAUAUAGAUGAGUUGUGAAGCAUUUCUGUAUCCUUCUGCUGUGCUGAAGAAGAAUUCCACGAAACAGUGGGUAUAUCCAGAAUCACUGUUCACAACGUCUGUUUGCGAACUACUUCGGCAUCGUCGGACGCCAUAAACAAAGCUUUACAGCCUGUUUUUGCCAGAUAAAAAUCUGAUACAUUGCUUCUUUCAGAGACUUGCAUAGUCUUCAAAGACUUUCCGAGACUUAUAAGACUUAUGUUUAUUUGGUUUUAUGUUUUCAAGAGAAUCCAUUAAGAGAGCUUAUUUUGUGACUUUCAGGGAUUCCUAAGUUUUCUGUUUAUGUGAUUUCAUAUAUUUCAUAUUAUAUAAAGAGUAUAUAUUGAUAUCAUAUCAUUGAAUUUGGUCAUCGUGUUGCCUUGGAUAUUACCAACUAGUUUAUAGGCCUGGCGACUCUGCUUUUUGUGGGUUCUGACCUAGCAAAACGGUCUCCAGCAUCACAGCCGGUGUGGUUCACUGAAGGAAACCAGUUGCAAUCCCCUCUCCUCUCCUGCUUCUUGCAGAUCCUCCAGCAGUGGAGCCGACCUUCCUGGAGAUCCGUCAGGGCCAAGGCCGAAGUGUCACCAUGACCUGCCGUGUUCUGAGGGCUUACCCCACCCGCGUCUUGACCUUCGAGUGGCGGCUGGGCAACAAACUCCUUCGGACGGGGCAGUUUGACGCCCAGGACUCCACCGAGUACACGAUCCGGAGCCUUUCCAGAGACAGCUAUGGGAUUUACAACUGCAACAUCAUCAACGAGGCGGGGGCCGGGAGAUGUACCUUUCUAGUGACAGGUAGGCUUCCCCCGUACUGCUCCGUCUAGGGCUGGCAGGCCAGGAUGGGGCAGGGGACAAAGGCUUUGCCCCCACAACCCCACUUCCAGGAUUGCCAUGAUGCCAAGGCUGCAGUGCGCACUCCAGCGCAUGAAAAUGCAGAACAGGUGCCUUCUCUCUUGGGUGCAAAAGAUGAGCCACCUCCCUCCAUUGCUGAUCAAUGUGGGCAGGCAGUGGUCACUUUGUGAUGGAGGAAAAGCAGUGUGUGCGCGCAUUGAGAGCAUGUUGUAGUAAUUGUGUGUAGAGGUGUGUGUGUGUGUGUGUGUGUGUGUGAUAGAGAGAGAGAGAGAGACUCCAAAUGUCCCUAUUUUCCAGGAACAGUCCCGGAUUUACAGGAGCUGUCCCGGUUUCUGAUUUGAUCCUAGAAUGAUCUGAUUAUUAUUAUUAUUAUUAUUAUUAUUAUUAUUAUUAUUAUUUUAUUAUUACUAUUAGAAUUUGUAUACCACCUUUUACCUGGAGGUCUCAGGGUGGUUCACAGAAAAGAUCACAAUAUAUAAAAUCAAAAUAAAAACAAUAAGCCAAUAAUACCCCUCCCCUCCCAAAGAGCCACAUUUUAAAAGGGUAUAGGACGUCAAUCAGGUCAGGCAAAGGCCUGGUUAAAAAGGAAUGUUUUUGCCUGGCGCCUAAAGGUGUAUAAUGAAGGCGCCAAGCGAACUUCUCUGGGGCAGCAUUCCAUAGACAGGGAGCCACUGCAGAGAAGGCCCCGUUUUCGUGUUGCCACCCUCCGGACCUCUUGAGGAGAGGGCACAGAAGAUGAUCUCAGGGUCCGGGUAGGUUCAUAUCGAAAAGGGUGGUCCUUGAGGUAUUGCAGUCCUGAGCCGUUCUUUAGGACAUCCCUAUUUUCACUGGAGAAAUGUUGGAAGGCAUCCUGCAUGUGUGUAUAGGAAGGACUUGCGCAUUUAGGAUGCAAUUUAGACAAAUUUGUGGGUGGGAAGGAUAAAUAAAAGAAAAAAAGGUAAAGGACCCCUGGAUGGUUAAGUCCAGUCAAAGGCGACUGUGGGGUUGCGGCGCUCAUCUCCCUUUCAGGCCGAGGGAGCCAGCGUUUGUCCACAGACAGCUUUCUAGGUCAUGUGGCCAGCAGGACUAAACCGCUACUAGCACAACGGGACACCGUGACGGAAACCAGAGUGCAUGGAAACGCCAUUUCCCUUCCCGCCGCAGUGGUCCCUAUUUAUCUACUUGUGCUGGCGUGCUUUCGAACUGCUAGGUUGGCAGGAGCUGGGACAGAGCAAUGGGAGCUCACUCCGUUGUGGGGAUUCGAACCACCAACCUUCUGAUCGGCAAGCCCAAGAGGUUCAGUGGUUUAGACCACAGCACCACCCGCAUCCCUUGGGUAAAGAGUAUUGAUUACUACCAUUGAGGUUGAAUCCUGACAAGACAGAAGUACCAUUCUUGGGGGACAGGAGGUGGGCUGGUGUGGAGGACUCCCUGGUCCUGAAUGAGGUAACUGUGCCCCUGAAGGACCUGGUGCACAACCUGGGAGUCAUUUUGGACUCUCAGCUGUCCAUGGAGGUGCAGGUCAAUUCUGUGUCCAGGGCAGCUGUCUACCAGCUCCAUCUGGUACGCAGGCUGAGACCCUCCCUGCCCGCAUUCUCUGGUUAUCUCCCGCUUGGACAACUGCAAUGCGCUCUAUGUGGGGCUACCUUUGAAGAUGACCCAGAAAUUGCAACUAAUCCAGAAUGCGGCAGCUAGACUGGUGACUGGGAGCGGCCGCCAGGACCACAUAACACUGGUCCUGAGAGAUCUGCAUUGGCUCCCAGUACGUUUCUGAGCACAAUUCAAAGUGUUGGUGCUGACCUUGAAAGCCCUAAAUGGCCUUGGUCCAGUAUACCCGAAGGAGCAUCUCCACCCCCAUCGUUCAGCCCAGACACUGAGUUCCAGGUCUGAGGGCCUUCUGGCGGUUCCCUCACUGUGAGAAGCCAAGUUACGGGGAACCAGGCAGAGGGCCUUCUUGGUGGUGGCACCCGCCCUGUGGAACGCCCUACCACCAGAUGUCAAAGAGAAGAACAACUACCUGACGUUUAGAAGACAUCUGAAGGCAGCCCUGUGUGACAUUUUGAUGUAUUUUUCAUCUUUGUUGGAAGCCGCCCAGAGUGGCUGGGGAGGCCCAGCCAGAUGGGUGGGGUACAAAUAAUAAAUUAUUAUUAUUAUUAUUACCUUUCAUGAGGCAACAAUGUUGGAGGCAACAUUUCUUCUGAAUGGCAGUUGCUGGAGACCCCAGGAGGGGAGGUUCCUUUUGUGUUUGCAUCCUCCUUGCUGGUUCCCCGCUGGCACGUGGUUGACCCCUGUGAGAGCAGGAUGCUGAGCUAGGUGGGCCAUGGGCCUGAUCCACCAGGCUCUUCUGAUAUGCCUUGGGGCAAGGAGAAGGAAUGUGCAGGAGGAAGCAGGCUUUGCAUCAUCUCUGGAUUGCUUGCCUUGCGCUCCUUUCAGUGAUCUGAAAGGAAUCCCUUUGACACGGUUGCUUUUGUGCUCAGCUCCACUGUGUUGUCGGAAGCCCAAAUUGCCGGUGCAGAGAGGAGCCUCGGGGACCAUUAACGUCCUUCCUGCUCACUGGCGAGUCCCUGUUUAAUAGCUCUGGCACUCAUUGCCCAACGAUUUGCCACCCAUUACGAGCAAGCGCAGCUCCAUCACUCUCCCCUGAGGUGUACAUUAGGCACUUGAUCAUCUUUCUUUCCUCUUCUCUCCGGUCUGCCUCGGACUGAAGACAGGCAGGAAGGACGGAGAGGCGUUUCAGGAGCCUGAUGCAACAGGGAGAUGCUCUGGGGCUCCACAAGGCCGACCAGCCGCUUGUUGCUCAGGCUAGACAGCAUCUUAAAAAGCAGAGACAUCACCUUGCCAACAAAGGUCUGUAUAGUUAAAGCUAUGGUUUUCCCAGUAGUGAUGUAUGGAAGUAAGAGCUGGACCAUAAAGAAGGCUGAUCGCCGAAGAAUUGAUUCUUUUGAAUUCUGGCACUGGAGGAGACUCUUGAGAGUCCCAUGGACUGCAAGAAGAGCAAAUCUCUCCAUUCUGAAGGAAAUCAGCCCUGAGUGCUCAGUGGAAGGACAGAUCCUGAAGCUGAGGCUCCAAGACUUUGGCUACCUCAUGAGAAGAGAAGACUCCCUGGAAAAGACCCUGAUGUUGGGAAAGAUGGAGGGCACAAGGAGAAGGGGACGACAGAGGAUGAGAUGGUGGGACAGUGUUCUCGAAGCUACCAGCAUGAGUUUGACCAAACUGCGGGAGGCAGUGGAAGACAGGAGUGCCUGGCGUGCUCUGGUCCAGGAGGUCACAAAGAGUCGGACAAGACUAAACGACUAAACAACAGGGAUGGAGGAAGUAUUCAGUUCCAUUUCCAUGGAAAAUCAAACUUACUUAACUUGCGCUUCCUGACACAAUAUACAGACUGAUGCACAAACGCCUCUGGAAAUUCGUUUUCUUCCAAAAGUUGCAGUCUUGUUCUCCAGACUAAUGUGUACAAGAAUGGAUUGAAAGGUGCAUUUUAAAAAUAGAUAUAUUGGUGAAAAUGGAUGGCAUUAGGGAUGCUUGCACAACAUUUAUCAUGAGGACUUUAAAAAAUAAGGAUCAUAAGCCGAUCUGAAAAUGCACAGAACCAAAUUUAAGAUUGGGGGGAAAUGAUAAACUGAGCUUGACAUAUUUUCCCAUUUUCACAGCGCUGGCAGGGUUGAAUCAGGGACCCGCUCCCUGUCUCUCAGCUCUUCCCUACAAAGAGAGGAGCAGGAUCGGGGCCCAUUACCUGCCGAUGCCUCAUUCUGCCUGUUGGCACCCACUGCAUCCAAGGCAGUAUGGAACCUCUCAUCAACAUGAUUUAUAGAUAGGCAGAGAAAAGUACACAAGGACAUGCAAAAUCCUUGGAUCACUCUUUGUCUUCUGUCUGGGAUUGAUUCCUGUCUUCAUGUUGCAAUGCUGGAUCUUAGGCUGAACACCUCACUUGGUUUUUUAUUGCAUUGCGAAAGAAAAAAGAAAAAGGAUAUUGCAAACCAUUGUGCGAAAUCUGGGCUCUUAUGAGAUAACUUGUAGAACAAGGUCUUUAAAACAUCACGAUUGUGCCCUCUGGCAGACAACUGUUUACAGAGUGGGCUCAGGAGGUUGCAAACAGUCUUGUGUUCAUGUUGAGUGUUUUGUUUUUAAACCAUAAGGGCCAUUUCCUGUCUGUGGUAGGGCUGAGAGGCUUCAGAACGUGAGAUCCUGCUGCAUUAGCCCAAUGGCCCCUCGAGUCACCUACCCUGUCCUCACUGGGGACGACCAAAUGCAUGGGGGAAACCUGCAAGUGGGAUUUGAGCACGAGAUAAUAAUAAUAAUAAUAAUAAUAAUAAUAAUAAUAAUAAUAAUAAUAUAUUAUUUAUACCCCACCCAUCUGAGCAGCUUCCAGCAAAAUAUUAAAAUACAAUACAGUGGUACCUCUGGUUGCAAACAGGAUCCGUUCCGGAAGCUCGUUUGCAACAUGAAAAGAGCGCAACCCGCAGCGGCGCAUCUGCGCAUGGGCGGGAUGAAAUUUGCCGCUUCUGCACAUGCGCGUGACGUCAUUUUGUGCGCCUGUUCAUACACGAACGGCGAAACCCGGAAAUAACCCUUUCCAGUACUUCCGGGUCAUCACUGGACGUAUCCUGAAAGAACAUAACAUGAAGCGGACGUAACAUGAAAUAUGACUAUAAUUCAUCAAAUAUUAAAAGCUUCCCUAAACAGGGCUGCCUUCAGAUGUCGUCUAAAAGUCAGGUAGUUCUUUAUCUCUUUGACAUCUGAUGGGAGGGCGGUCCACAGGGCGGGCACCACUACCAAGAAGGCCCUGUGCCUGGUUCCCUGCAACCUCACUUCUUGCAGGGAGGGAACCGCCAGAAGGCCCUUGGAGCUGGACCUCAUUGUCUCGGCUGAAUGAUGGGGGUGGAGACGCUCCUUCAGGUCUACUGGACUGAGGCCAUUUAGGUCUUUAAAGGUCAACACCAGCACUUUGAAUUGUGCUCAGAAACGUACUGGGAGCCAAUGUAGGUCUUUCAAGACUGGUGUUAUGUGGUCUCCCCUCCUGGGUUUUCCAGCAACCGGCAUUCAAAAGCAUCCCUACCUCCAACUGUGGAGUCAGAGCAGAGCCAUCCCGGCUGUAGCAGCCAAUAGUCUUUUCCUCCUCCACCAAUUUGCCUCCUUCUCUUUCAAAGCCAUCUAAGUGGGUGGCCAUCGCUGCCUCCUGGGGGAGCGAGUGCUGCUAGGCGCUGUGUGAAAAAGUGCUUUCUUUUAUCCGUCCGGAACCUUACAGCAAUCGGCUUCAAUGGAUUUCCACGAGUUCUCUUAUUACAACAGAGAAAACCCUUUCUGUAUCCACGUUCUCCACUCAGUGCAUGAUUUUUAUAAAGUGCCUCUUCCCUGGGCUUGUUUCUCCUUGGAAAAACCACAUUCAGAAGGCUUUUGAUAUAUCCUUAAACAAGUUGCCAACUUUGGGUUCAUCUACUUUUUUCUUUGGGUAUCUUUCUUUUCUUCUGAGGCCCCUUGCUGUACAGUGGUACCUCAGGUUACAUACGCUUCAGGUUAUAGACGCUAACCCAGCAAUAGUGCUUCAGGUUAAGAACUUUGCUUCAGGAUGAGAACAGAAAUCGUGCUCUGGUGGCGCGGCGGCAGCUGGAGGCCCCAUUAGCUAAAGUGGUGCUUCAGGUUAAGAACAGUUUCAGGUUAAGUACGGACCUCGGGAACGAAUUAAGUACUUAACCUGAGAUACCACUGUAUUUAUUUUUGCAGAAGGACCAAAGUUCAGUGGGAAAGUGUUCAUUUUCAAUGCAAAUUGUUGCAUUUGCAACCUUCAGGUUUUUAGAAGAAAGGUCCAAACAAGACAGCGUUAGAUAAGGGGAAGGGCCACAGACCGUUAAACUAUAAAGCACCUGAUUUGCAUGAAGAAGGUUUCAGGUUCCAUGCCGGGGGCUUGCAACAUUCUCUUUCUGGAACCCCCUGGGCAGCUGGUACCCUCAAGUCCACUGAGUACCUCAGAGACAUCCACUGUAAAUGAUGGCACUGAAUUGAAUGUGUUUCCUUGUGGGGCCAUGAGAACAAAUCCCAUGUAAUUCUCUCCUGCCUGCCCUGGCCUUCCUGCAAAGGGAGAUUUGAUUAUCAGACUGACUCUUAGUUAUUAGCUUCCGCUUUUAAGUCCAAAUGAAAGUUGGAGGCUAUAAACCAGCAGAGUAAAUUAUAAGUUUCCAUAGGAGCCUUAAGGACGGUUCCUGCGAUGUUUAAACCUCCUGCAAGGACAGGGAGAACAGAAGUCUCUUUUUCCCUAGCUGUGCCGUUCAGGGUGGCCGUUUCAGAGUCCUGCAGGCCACGUAUCUGCUUCCUCUUUGAAGCUCUGACCCUCCAACAGGCAAAGUUCAAACCAAGCCAUCCCUCACCUUUGAUGCUCUGAGGCUCUGGUUCAAUUCACACAGCCAGUUUAACACAUCAGAGCUCUCACGACGUGACCUUUUGGGUCCGGCUGAGUCACCCGGCAAAUGUUCUGUGAUGUCUUGGGCACCAUGUCGGGACCUUCAUGUGCCACCUCCUCAUUCAGUCGGCAGUUCGGAGAGCCAGCCUAUGCAAAGAGAUCAACGUUCUUCCCGGAGUUUGCCUGGCUUUUGAGUUUAUGAGAAACGACGGUAAAUGGGGACAUGGUAGAAGAUAAUGAGUUGGAAGGGCCCUCUAGUCCAGGGGUCAGCAAACUUACCAUGCCUUGGGCCAGUGUCUCCAGCACCGCUUGCAUGGCGGGCAGGAGGGUGGGGGAGCGUGUGCCCAUACACGUGCGCACACACUAUUUCUGGCGCACUUCUGGGUCGGAGGAGCACCAGAAAUAGCUUGGGCGCAUGUGUACAGGCCUCCUCCGACCCAGAUGUGCACCGCAAAUAAUACUUGUGCAUGCGCAAAUAACUCUUGCACAUGCGCACAAGCUAUUUCUGGUGCUCCUCCGACCCGGACGUGGGCAGCCGUGCCGUGCAGCACCGGUAAGAGUGGGUGGCAGCAGCAAGUGGCGGGGGUUGCUGCGGGCUAGAUAAACGAGUCCCUCGGGCCUUAUCCGGCCCAUGAGCCUUAGUUUGGGGACCUCUGCUCUAGUCCAACCCCCCUGCAAUGCAGAAAUCUCGGCUAAAGCAUCCCUGACAGGUGGUUCAUCCAACCUCUGCUUAAAAACCUCCAAGGAAGGAGAGUCCACCAUCCCUCCUGGGAGUCCGUUCCACUGCUGAACAGCUCUUACUGUCAGAAAGUGUUUCCAAAUGUUUAGUCGGAAUCUCCUUUCUUGCAACUUUGAGCCAUUGGUUCGGGUCCUCCGUGUCGGGGGUUCCGUACGACCGAAAUGCCUCUCCUCCUCCAGUUGUGUCUUCGGAAUCCAUCUAGGCUCUACUCCGACGAUGAUUAAUGACCUAAGCCUUUGAUGAGGCUUAGGCACGCUCCCCCAUUACGCAGAGUAUCCAAAUAGCAGAAGGAGCCGGGAAAUGUGUGCUACAUUGCUACGUUUAUUCCUAACUAUGCAGGACAGAAAAGAAUAUGCGACUGCUCUCUCUGUGAGAGAGAGAAGAAAAGGCACAAAGAAACAGGAAACCAGUAACAUCAACAUCCAUCUCCCGUGAGACUUCCAGCAGUCUGGAAUGUCUGGAAUGUCAAUAGAGUCUUGUGACUCCAAAAACUGCACAGUGGCAUAACAGAAAUCUAACACUCCCCUCCAGAGCAGGAGAAAACAUACCCAGCUCUUUCAACCAUUCCUCAUAUGGCUUAGUUUCCAGAUCCUUGACCCUCUUGGUCCUCCUCCUCUGCACACCUUCCAGCUUGUCCACAUCCUUCUUAAAUUGUGGUGCCCAGAACUGGACACGGUAUUCCAGGUGUGGUCUGACCAAGGUUGAACAGAGUGGUACUAUGACUUCCCUUCAGAGCCGGACCACGCAUGAGGCAGGCUGAGGCAACCGCUGCCUCGGGCAGCAGAAUACCAUAGGGUGGCACCCAUUUGAGUGCCCUGCCUGCCAUGCUACCACCACCAGUUGUGGAGAAGCAGAGCCUGAAGUGGUGCCGGUUUCUGGUGAGACCUCACCAAAAUCUCGCCAGAUCUCACAGGAACCAACUACUGCUUCACGAGUACUACCACACAACCCAGGUGAAAGUGUCUGUGCCAGUGGGGCAACGCCAUCCCUGCUUCACUUGAUCUGGACGUGACACUUCAAUUGAUGCAACCUACAAUGGGAUUAUUUAUUUUUAUGCUGCUGGAUCGCAACCUUCCACCUCAAUCCCAAUCUACCAUGUCUAGUUUAGGAAAUGGGCAGACAUGUGCCAGGGUUUCAUAUUUAAUCCUGAGCCGCCACGCCACAAUUCUGACUUCAGAGGGCAUCCCAGAAUAGAUAAGGAGAGGGUCUAUAGACAUAUCAAACCAAACCCACGAGGAGCCAAACUCGAAAGGGGUCUUUUGUGGGUUCAGGAAAGCACAAUAUGGCAGCAAGGAGAUGUCUAAUUAUUUUGCAACAGACACAGCCUGACCAAACUACAGUCUGCAGGAAUAACUAAAGGCUGUUCAUUAAACCACAGACUAUUUAAUACUGCCGGUUCCUUUAUUUUUCAGUUAUUAAAGCACUUGAUCCAUCAAUGACCCCCACACACCCACGAGCUCCAGUUUAAACAGAAACACACCUGUAUCUCUCCUUUCACUUCCAUCAUCACACUGACCUCGCCGCCGCCGCCAAAUGUCAGGGCAGGAUUAAGCCCACCCUGUACAUUUCCUCCCACAGCCAAAACUCUGUUUUAAGUGUUCAAAGCUUCCAGUAAAUUAGUGCUGUGGGUCUUUUCAAAGACGCUUUGUCACGUCUAUUUGACGCAGCCGACACGCUGAUUAUAGGGCUUUGUGUCUGCGCAAGGUAAAUCAGAAACGUGAGCCUGGCAGGCUGCCUCUCCGUCACAGGAGGCUCAGGACGGUAAUUAAUUUUUGCAUGGUCUGAAUGGACUGGGCUCCAAAUCCCAGUGGCUCAUAAACUGUAAAGGUGCUCCACAUGGCCUCUGAGCCUCGCAGGAACAUUGUUCAGCUGUGGAGCUCCAUCCAUCUCUUGAGAGAAGGUGGUCGGAUGCCUGGGAGAUAGAAUCAUUGAACUGCAGGGCUGGAAGGGACCCCAGAGUCAUCUAGUCCAACCCCCCGCAAUGCAGGAGUUGCAAGUGAAGAAUCCCCAACUGGUGGCCAUCAUACCUCCAAGGAACGAGAGUCCAUCACCAUCUGAGGGAGACUGUUCCACGGUGGAACAGCUCUUGCUGUCAGAAAGUUCUUCCUGAUGUUUAGUCAAAAACUCCUUUCUUGUAAUUUGAAGCCAUGGGUUCGAGUCCUACCGUCCAGAGCAGGAGAGAACAAGCUUGCUUCCUCUUCCAUGUGACAGCUUUUAAGAUAUUUGGAUAGAUGGCUAUGUUGUCACCUCCCCAUCUUCUCCAAGGUCAGAGGGCUUUUUCUUCUUUGGCGAUCACUUGUAGCCGAGUAAGAUUGUCUCCCAUGAACACGGUUUUAACAGUGAGUCCGUAAGUGACUGUGGAGGCCAAUUCUGGAUCCACACGUCCUUUCACAGUGGGGACAUUAGUUUCCAUCCCGGUUGAUCCCGGUGUGGAUUUGUCAAGCGUACCUUCCUCUUAGCACGUUUCUCCCUUGCGUCCUGAGUUUGAGUGUCUUCAAAGCCCAGGACACCUUUGGUAAAGGCUGUUCUCCAACUGGAGCACUCGCAGGCCAGUGUUUCCCAGUUGUUGAUGUUGAUACUACAUUUUUAAAGAUCUGCUUUGAGAGAGUCUUUAAACCUCUUUUGUUGACCACCAGCAUUACGCUUUCCAUUUUUAAGUUCGGAAUAGACAAUCAUCAGGCAUCUGCACAACAUGACCAGUUGGCUUGUUGCAGGAAAUGUACAGAGCGUCAUAGAACUGUGGAGUUGGAAGGAACCAAAACGGUCAUCUAGUCCAACCCCCGCCAUGCAAUGCGAUGCACCCUCUGAUAUUCACACUUCUCUGAAUUGCACGGUGCAGUUCUCCAGCCAAGGAAUGGGUAUGGAAAUGGAUAUCCUAGAGUAAAUGUUUCUCUCUGUGUAUAUAGAAAUAUGUUUUAUUGGGGCAAAUUGCUUUGCAGAAAAAAAUUAAAAAAUGGAUCUAUUAACCAAAGCUGCCUAGAAAAUGUAUUUAUCAGCAGAAAUUCUCAUUGUAAUGCUGAUGAAUUUUCAUGAGGAUUUAUAGAAAUAGUAAUUGCCAAGUUGCUGCAGGAAUGCGGGACCGCCUGUCCUGGUCUGCACCGCGGAGGACCUUAAGGUCCACAAAUCACAACACUUUGGAGGUUCCAGGUCGCAAGGUGGUUAGAUUGGUCUCAUCUAGGGCCAGGGCCUUUUCAGUACUGGCCCCAACUUGGUGGAACGCUCUGUCACAAGAGACCAGGGCCCUGCGGGACUUGACAUCUUUCCUCAGGGCCUGCAAGACAGAGCAGUUCCGCCUGGCCUUUGGUUUGGACCAUUAUGUUUCCCUCCCCUUAUGGUUUUGAUCUAUGGGCUGCUGUAAGGAUAUCAGGGGGUUGCUUGAGAGCAAUCAGGCAAAUGCCUCCCUGGUCGGCUGUAAAGCCUUGCUAUUGGUGGCAAUAAACCCUUCACCAUGCAGAACGCCACUCUUCCGUGGCUCCCUCAUUCACUGGCAGAGUCUGAGAGUGGGCGUUCCAUAAACCUUCCCCAGCAGAGUAGUUUCUUGACGCCCAAUCUGCGCCUCCCCACUCUGCGCGGAAGCCUACUGCGCAGGGAGGGCGUGGGUAACGGAGGACCUCUCUCCUCCCUGCUUUGCCCAGGCAAGGUGUCCUGGCACCGCCUCGCCUCCUCCGAGUCCUGAAGCUCCUCUCCGCUGGAGGCGUGGCUACUCUCCUCCGCUGAGGAGGUGCUGCUUCCCACGAUCUUUGGGGGCUCUCUGUAAUCCAUCCGGCUUUUCCCCUCUCCCCCCUUAGCCGAUGGCAGUUCCCUGACAGCUACUUUUAAAAUGAAGCUGCAUUUUAAAUUGCAUUUUGACCUGGGUUGCUCUGGCCAGGGAGGGCGGGGUAUAAAUAAAAAUUAUUAUUAUUGUUGUUGUUGUUGUUGGAAUGGGAAGAUUGAGAGAAUCUGAAAUUAACAGAUCUGUCCCUGGUCUCUAGGAUAAGCCAGUGACACACCUUUUUUAGCAAUGGGAGGAUGAAGCUGGAGUUGGGGAAACAAGAUUGCUGGGGUUGGACUAGAUGACCUCUGGAGGUCAUCUUCAGUUCUUUGAUUCUGUGCUGCAGGAAAGGCAGAUGAGUCCCUGCUCUUUCCCUCUUCAUCCAGCAGGGGUCACGUUUGCUUAGUUUUGGCACGGAAGGUUCUGUGGACUUUCUGUUAUCUGGGAAAAGGAAAGAGAGGAACAUCGAAGAAACUCACUCCACUUCUUAGGAUUGCGCCUGCUCCAGAGAUCCCACUGUGCCCAUCUUAAGUUCCAUAAUUGUGUAAUUAAUGGAAGCAGCAAAAAGGGAGAGAGGAUCAGUUGGUGCAGGAAAGUGGGGAGUGACUUGCCAUGUGAAGAAUGGUCUCCUCCAACAGACCCCGGCUGCUUGAAGAUGUGAAAAUCACCCUUUGUGUAUCUAAUUCAAAUGACAGCAUGCCUUCCCCGUUGCACAGAGAGAGGAGCAGAAUUUGCAUCUGCAUUUAUUAUCAGCUCUUCAUAAAAUAUAUAUUGCAUAAUAAAGGCCAAGCGGGUAAUACAAAGCAUCUUUCAGGCUGGCUGCAGCCGGCCGUAACUCGCAGGGUAAAUAUACAGCUUUGUUUAGGAUUUAUAAACCACAGGCCUCGUAAGGAGAGGAACCAAAACUUGCGAGGGGGUCAGCGAAUUCGCCCCCCACCCAUCUUCAGAAUUGCAGUUUGAGGAACAGCCAGGGCCCUAAACCCCACAAGGAGCGUCCAGGAGGCUCGUGGAGUCAUGGAGUUGGAAGGGACCCCCAAAGGUCAUCCAGCCCAGCCCCUGCAGUGCGUGAAUCACAGCUAAAGCAUUCCUGACAAGCUCCCUGUGCACCUGGGUCAGGUGAUGCACUGGAAACCAAACACCUGAAACAGUUGUGUAAUGAAGCUUGAGGAUGGACCUACAUAAGAAGCUAAGAAGAUCCUGCAGGAUGAGGCCAAUGGCUCAUCUAAUCCAACACUUUUCUCCCAGGGGCCAGCCAGAUGCCCCCAAUGCGAAACCUGAAAGCAGAACGUGAGCACCAGAGCGCUCCCCACCCUCCUGUGGUCACCAGUAACUGGUAUUCAGAAGCAAAGAAGAAGAAGAAGAAGAGGAGGAGGAGGAGGAGGAGUUUGGAUUUGAUAUCCCGCUUUAUCACUAUCCGAAGGAGUCUCAAAGCGGCUAACAUUCUCCUUUCCCUUCCUUCCCCACAACAAACACUCUGUGAGGUGAGUGGGGCUGAGAGACUUCAGAGAAGUAUGACUAGCCCAAGGUCACCCAGCAGCUGCAUGUGGAGGAGCGGAGACGUGAACCUGGUUCACCAGAUUACAAGUCUACCGCUCUUAACCACUACACCACACUGGCUCUCAGAACUAUGUGAGUUUCCGACAUAGAGAACAGGAUAUUGGAGUCGAUGGGCUCUGGUCUGAUCUAUCACACUCCUCUUGGGAUCUUGUGCUCUUAGUGGCGAUCCCAAAAGGAGCAAAUUCUUGAGCAAAACUGUCCUCCCCACAGACGGCCAUCUGUGAUCAUCUGUGAUUCCUACUGCAGUUUGAUGUGACUGGAUACAUAAAAACUUUUUUUGGAAAUGAAACAUUCUCCAGACCCAUUAGGUAUUAUUCAAAACUUCACUUGCAGAACUUUCUUCAAAAUGAUACAGAAACAUCAAAUGAUGCAUCCACAGGACAUAUGCCAGUCUGAGGAAUAAACUCAGCAUCUUACAACAAAUGAACUAAUUCCAACAGUCCUAGAAGCAGAGGCCUGUCUCUCCCCACAAUCUGCACUCCAGCCUGAGGCUGUUUUCCUGGAGAGCUGCCUUUCUUCCAUGGAGUCUGAGAACAAAGACUCCAGCCACCCCCUUUCCAGGAUGGCGGAUUUGCAAUUCAAUACCUCUCAUGUGAUCUAAGGUUAAACACUCACGCGUUGGCUAGCAGAAAACAAUCAUUAAUUAUCCACUCAGUUAAAGCUCAGAGUCCCUUAGAGUUAAACCCUUUCACCCCUACCACUGGCAUUCCCAUUUCAGUGAAUAUUAAACAAUUAUGCUUAACAAUUGCUUCAUUGCAGAGGGAGGGGGGAAAGUUGAACUUUGGGACCCCCUCCCAACUCUGCAGCCCUUUUUAUUUUCUUUACAAACUUUGUUGUUGUUGUUUAAAAAACAAACCAUCCCCAAUUACUGCCACCCAGUUCUACGAUAUGACGCUGCGAUCUCUUCCUCCGAGAAUGUGGAUGAAUGCAAAAAUGCUCUUUCUUCCCUGAGCCAUUUAAGAAAGGGAAGUGUAAACAGUUGUGUCUGCUUUCCCUGCCUCGAAUUCUUUGCCAAAUUGGUAAUUAUGAGAAUGAGGCUUUGAGACUUGAUGCGCCUGAUCUUUCCGGGGGAGAGGAAAUGCUUCCCCGCCAUCUGCCGGAGCGCCGUUCCCCAGUUCAUUUCCUCCACCGCACCCUGACAGACUAAUCGCUGUGUCUCCCUGUCUCUCUCUGUGUGUGUAUUUAUGGAAAACGCAGAGAGUGCUAAACGAACACACAACAUAUCCAUUAAGGCCUUUGGGAUGUGGCCUGGGUUUCUGGAACCCCUGGAAGGCUAUAGCUCCGUGGCAGAACAUCUGCUUUGUUUUUUUUAAAAAAAAAAAAAUAAUAUUUAUUAUUUUUCCAAAAACACUAAAAGAAAAAAGAAAAAAAACCAAUACAAUACAACACAUCAAAUUAACAAAACAAGACUAAGACAAUAAGAUAAAUCAACCAAUUUCAUUAUCCCAUCUUUCAUUCACUUAUUUCCACGACCUCCUCACACCUCCCUUUUUGUAUUCCACUUCUGUUAAUUAUUUCAGCAAUUCCUUUCCAUCCUCCUCUGUUUUCUAUCCUAUAAUUAUCUUAACUCAUUCUAACCUUAUUUUUUCCCUUUAAUACUCUAUUAACCUAUCUGUACUUAAUUCCUUAUAAUAUUUCUACUAAAGCCAUAUAACUUCAUUUCAACAUUUUUCUAACAUUCAUUAAUUUUACAAUAUUUCUGUAGAUAAUCUUUAAACUUUUUCCAGUCUUCUUCCACCAACUCUUCUCCCUGGUCUCGGAUUCUGCCAGUCAUUUCCGCCAGUUCCAUGUAGUCCAUCAACUUCAUCUGCCAUUCUUCCCGGGUGGGCAAAUCUUGUGUCUUCCAAUACUUCGCGAUGAGUAUUCUUGCUGCUGUUGUUGCGUACAUAAAAAAGGUUCUAUCCUUCUUUGGCACCAUUUGGCCGACCAUGCCUAGGAGAAAGGCCUCUGGUUUCUUCAAGAAGGUAUAUUUAAAUACCUUUUCCAUUUCAUUAUAAAUCAUCUCCCAGAAUGUCUUAAUCCUUGGGCACGUCCACCAAAGGUGAAAGAAUGUGCCUUCAGUCUCAUUGCAUUUCCAACAUUUAUUGUCAGGCAUAUGAUAAUUUUUUGCAAGCUUGACUGGUGUCAUGUACCACCUAUAAAUCAUUUUCAUUAAGUUUUCUCUUAGGGCAUUACAUGCCGUAAAUUUCAUACCUGUGGUCCAUAACUGUUCCCAGUCAGCCAUCAUUAUAUUAUGUCCAACAUCUUGUGCCCAUUUAAUCAUAGCUGAUUUCACUGUUUCAUCCUGAGUGUACCAUUUCAACAGCAAGUUAUACAUUUUUGACAAAUUCUUGAUUUUGGAAUCUAACAAUUCUGUUUCCAAUUUUGAUUUUUCCACCUGGAAACCAACUUUUUUGUCCAAAUUAUAUGCCUCCAUUAUUUGAUAAUAAUGGAGCCAAUCUCGCACUCUAUUUUUCAAUUUUUCAAAGCUCUGCAAUUUUAGUCUGUCUCCUCUUGUUCCAGAAUUUCCUAAUAUUUCGGCCAUUUGGCCUCCAUAUUGAGUUUUUCUGUGCCUUCGCUUCCAUUGGUGACAACCAUCUUGGGGUUUUCUUUUCUAACAAAUCUUUAUAUCUUAUCCAUACAUUAAACAAUGCUUUUCUGACAAUAUGAUUUUUAAACGCUUUAUGUGCUUUAACCUUGUCAUACCACAGAUAUGCAUGCCAACCAAAUACAUUAUUGAAACCUUCUAGAUCCAACACAUCAGUGUUUUCAAGUAGCAGCCAUUCUCUCAGCCAACAAAAAGCAGCUGAUUCAUAAUAGAGUUUUAGGUCUGGCAGGGCAAAUCGACCUCUUUCUUUAGCAUCAGUUAAUAUCUUAAAUUUUAUUCGAGGCUUCUUGCCCUACCAAACAAAUCUGGAAAUAUCUUUCUGCCACUUCUUGAAACAAUCCAUCUUAUCCAAAAUUUGUAAUGUUUGAAACAAGAACAACAUCCUUGGCAGCACAUUCAUUUUUAUCACAGCAAUUCGGCCCAACAAUGAUAACUUCAAAUUUGACCAUAUUUCUAAGUCUUUUUUCACUUCAAUCCAACAUUUUUCAUAAUUAUCCUUAAAUAAAUUUACAUUUUUAGCAGUCAUAUUAACCCCUAAAUAUUUCACUUUCUUAACCAAUGUUAGUCCUGUCUCUUCCUGAAAUUUCUCUCGCUCAUUUACAGUUAAAUUUUUCUCUAAAACCUUAGUUUUCAUCUUAUUCAGCUUAAAACCUGCUACUUGCCCAAAUUCUUGAAUCAGUUCCAAUACCCUUUUUGUGCUAGAUUCUGGUUCCUGUAGGGUCAGAACAUCUGCUUUGAAUGCAGAUGGUCCUAGCGGCAUUUCCUAGUAGGGCUAAGAGCAUCUCCUGCCUCAACCCCCUGGAGGGAUGCUGCAAGACAGUGAAGGAUAUACUGAGCAAAAUGGACCAAUGGUUUGGCUCAUUAUAAGGUACUUUCUCACAUCCCCAAGAGGCUUACAUUUCAUGCUUUGUCAUCAUCAUCAUCAUCAUAUUUGUAUACAGUGGUACCUCGGGAUAAGUACUUUAUUUGUUCCGGAGGUCCGUUCUUAACCUGAAACUGUUCUUAACCUGAAGCACCACUUUAGCUAAUGGGGCCUCCUGCUGCCGCGGCGCCACCGCUGCAUGAUUUCUGUUCUCAUCCUGAAGCAAAGUUCUUAACCCGAGAUACUAUUUCUGGGUUAGUGGAGUCUGUAACCCAAGGUAGCACUGUACCAUCUUUCUAUCUUACAAUACUCAAGGCGGCUUACAAGCUGAAGAAAGAAAAAAUGUACACCUUAUAACACACUAAUGCAAUACAAAAAUGUGAUAAUAAAACAUAGCUUUAAAAUAAGCAACCUACAUCAAAAAACUAACAUUCAACAAUCAUUAGAAUAGUAUAAAAUAACAAUAUCAACAUAUAAAAGUUAAACAGAAAUCCACUCAACAGUUACAAUAAAUAAUUUCUAAACUAUAAUCAAUAAAACAACAGCAAGCCAUGGUAAAUAAAAUAAUACAAUACAAAUUGAGAAGCAGAGACUAGAGGGUAGGGCAAGGCAGAUGGAAGGAGGCCUUGCCUGACAAAGUCUCUCCCCUCACAGUUCUUCCUCCAGGACCAAAACAGGGAGCUGUGUUGCAAUAAGCCGGUUGAGACGCUUGGAUUUGCCAAGCGUGUCUUCCUCUUUGCACUUUCUCCCUCGCGUCCUGAGUUGAGUGUCUUCAAAGCCCAUGACACCUUUGGUCAAGGCUGUUCUCCAGUUGGAGCGCUCGCAGGCCAGUGGUUCCCAAUUGUUGGUGUUAAUACUACAUUUUUUAAAGAUUUGCCUUGAUAGAGUCUUUAAACCUCUUUUGUUGACCACCAGCAUUAUGCUUUCCAUUUUAAAGUUCAGAAUAGACAAUCAUCAGGCAUCUGCACAACAUGACCAGUCCAAUGAAGUUGAUGUUGAAGAAUCAUUGCUUCACCACGGGCGAUCUUUGCUUCUUCAGUACACUGGCAUUAGUUUGCCUGUCUUCCCAAGUGAUGUGUAAAAAUUUUUGGAGACACCAUUGAUGGAAUCUCCCUUGCAUCCUGAGUUCGAAUGUCUUCAAAGCCCAGGACACCUUUGGUCAAGGCUGUUCUCCAACUGGAGCGCUUGCAGGCCAGUGUUUCCCAGUUGUCAGUGUUUAUACUACAUUUUUUAAGAUUUGCCUUGAGAGAGUCUUUAAACCUCUUUUGUUGACCACCAGCAUUAUGCUUUCCAUUUUAAAGUUCAGAAUAGAGUAGUUGCUUUGGAAGACGAUCAUCAGGCAUCCACAGAACAUGACCAGGCGAACGAAGUUGAUGUUGAAGAAUUGUUGCAGCAAUGAUUCAUUGGAAGUCCACAAUUUCCAGCUCUCUCUCACUGCCUCCCUCCCUCCCACACACACACUUGUGUUGCUUUGAGUUCAGCAGCGCAAUCUCUGUUCCGUAUUGAUCCUCCUGCUCACGGGGCAGGAGAAACCUCUUUGAACUCGAGAGAUCCUGCGCUUUCUUCCCCUGCUCUUUGGAAGCGCCAGGCUUGCAGUCGAUAACAAAUGCCGUGGAGAUGGAAGGUGCUUUGCGAGUGGAAUUUUAACUGAAAUUCUCCUGGCUGGGCUGACAGGCGCCCCAGAGCAUCUCCUUUCAAGGCAGAGGCCAGCUCUGUUGGGGAUCACAACCUAAAAGGGACCACGAAUUCCAUUUCCUGUGGGAGAAAAUAUCCUACACUCCACUAAUAUUGAUACAUGUCACAAUUCAGGGCAACGUUGUUAUUUGCUUAAAUGUGUUUAAAGGGCUCGUUCAGACGUUUAUUGUUCAUUGAUUUAUUCAAAGGCCGCUUAUCUCCCUCUCUUUGCUCAGAAGGGCUCCUGGAGCAGCUUAUGUGUCAAGGAAUGCAACACGGUCCUUGCCCUCUGUCUAAAAUGACACGGCACAAAAGGAAACAGGGAUGGGGAGGGAAGAGGAAAACGAGCGAGCUGAGGCACCAAGCAUUAAGAUCAGCAAAUAAAACCCACUCCAUUUUAGAGUCAGAAUUGUAGAGUUGGAAGGGACCCUGAGGGUCAUCUGGUCAAACCCCCGCAAUGCAGCCUUUCUUUAUUAUGUCUUUUGUGUUGUUAUUUUGCAUUGUUAUGCUGUGAUUCGCCCUGUGGUCUUUGGAUGAAGGGCAGUAUAAAAACUGAAUAGAUAAAUAAAAUGUGGCAUGUACUCCGUAAUGAAAUGCAAGAGUCCCCAUCUAUAUUGGCAUUCUGCCGGCUCUGGAAGAGGCAUCUGGUACGCAGGCUGAAGAAGAAGAAGAAGAGUUUGGAUUUGAUAUCCCGCCUUUCACUCCCUUUAAGGAGUCUCAAAGCAGCUAACAUUCUCCUUUCUUCCUCCCCCACAACAAACACUCUGUGAGGUGAGUGGGGCUGAGAGACUUCAAAGAAGUGUGACUGGCCCAAGGUCACCCAGCAGCUGCAUGUGGAGGAGCGGAGACUCAAACCCGGUUCCCCAGAUUACAAGACUACUGCUCUUAACCACUACACCACACUGGCAGAGACCCUCCCUGCCCGAGCACUGUCUGGCCAGAGUGGUGCAUGCUCUAGUUAUCUCCCGCUUGGACUACUGCCAUGCGCUCUACGUGGGGCUACCUUUGAAGGUGACCCGGAAACUACAACUAAUCCAGAAUGCGGCAGCCAGACUGGUGACUGGGAGUGGCCACCGAGACCACAUAACACCGGUCCUGAAAGACCUACACUGGCUCCCAGUAUGUUUCCGAGCACAAUUCAAAGUGUUGGGGCUGACCUUUAAAGCCCUAAACUGCCUCAAAGGCCCAGGAUACCUGAAGGAGCGUCUCCAGCCCCAUCGUUCAGCCCAGACACUGAGGUCCAGCGCCGAGGACCUUCUGGCGGUUCCCUUGCUGCGAGAAGCGAGGUUACAGCAAGCCAGGCAGAGGGCCUUCUCGGUGGUGGCACCCGCGGAACGCCUGUGGAACGCCCUCCCACCAGAUGUCAAAGAGAAAAACAACUACCAGACUUUUAGGAGACAUCUGAAGGCAGCCCUGUUCAGGGAAGCUUUUAAUAUUUAAUGCUGUAUUGUUUUUAACACUCAAUUGGGAGCCACCCAGAGUAGCUGGGGAAACUCAGCCAAAUGGGCAGGGUAUAAAUAAUAAAUUAUUAUUAUUAUUAUUAUUAUUAUUAUUAUUAUUAUUAUCUGUUUACACCAUACACCAGCACACCUUCCAUCGUUCAACCUGAGCCUCUUGUUCUUAAUUGCUGUGGUGUGUUUUUUAAUGGGAUUGCUUUACUGUGUAUUUUAUUUAUGAAUGUUUAUAGUUUGAACUUCAUCUGUUAGAAAAACUCAUGGCAAUGACUACCGAUUAGUUUCCGGGACCAAUUCAAAGCGCUGGUUUUGACCUAUAAAGCCUUAAUUGGCCCAGGGCCACAAUACCUCAAGGACCACCUCUUCCCAUAUGAACCUACCCAGACCCUGAAAUCAUCUUCUGACACCCUCUUUCAUGUGCCUCCUCAUCGAGAGGUCCAGAGGGUGGCAACGCGAGAACGGGGCCUUUUCUGCAGUGGCUCCCCAUCUGUGGAAUGCUCUCCCCAGGGAAGUUUGCCUGGCGCCUAAAGGUGUAUAAUGAAGGUGUAUAAUGAAUGUUCCUUUUUAACCAGGCCUUUGGUUGAUUUGAUUGACAUCCAACACCCUUUUAGAAUGUGGCUUGGGGAGGCAGGGGGCCGGUCCACUGUCCCUCAGACAUUGUGGGGGCCAGACUAUAUUUUUUUGGGGGGGAAUGAAUGAAUUCCUAUGCCCCACAAAUAACCCAGAGAUGCAUUUUCAAUAAAAGCACACAUUCUACUGAUGUAAAAACACGCUGAUUCCUGGACCGUCCGCAGGCUGGAUUUAGAAGACGACUGGGCUGGAUCCAGCCCCUGGGCCUUAGUUUGGCUGCCCAUGAGAUUCUGAAACAGGGGUCAGCAACCUUUUUCAGCCCUAGGCUGGUCCACUGUCCCUCAGACUAUGUGGUGGGCCAGACUAUAUUUUGAAAAAAAUAAUGAACAAAUUCCUAUGCUCCACAAAUAACCCAGAGAUGCAUUUUAAAUAAAAGGACACAUUCUGCUCAUGUAAAAACACGCUGAUUCCCGGACCAUCCGUGGGCCGGAUUGAGAAGGCAAUUGGGCUGGAUCCGGUCCCCUGGGCCUUAGGUUGCCUACCCAUAAUCUAGAAACAUGAUGUGCCCACACUGUUUGUUUUCUUGCUGCUUUGGCAUCGCCUCCUCUCGCCUGACCCUCGUUCCUCUCUUCCCCGCAGGCAAAGCCUAUGCACCGGAGUUCUACUACGACACGUACAACCCGCUGUGGCAGAAUCGGGCCCGCGUCUACGCCUACAGCCUCGAGUGGACUCAGAUGAACCCAGACGCCGUGGACCGCAUCCUCACGUACCACCUGGGCAUCCGGCAGGUGAGAGUCUCAGGUGCUUCUUCCGAAGCAGGGCGAGGUGCCUUUUGCCCAACUCCAAUCUCAUCUCCUGUUUCAACUCACUUUUUGUCUCUGUCAAUUAGAAGUUUUUUUGGGGGGGCGACGUGCGAUGUACAAAAGAGGGUUUUCGAUGUGCAAAAUGAAUUUGCAGCUCUCUGGGAUGCAGAGCUGAACAGGAAGAUGAAAGACGUGGUCCCGGUUGAGGAUGGAGGGCUGCAGGAAUCUCAGCAAAAAAAAAAGGAGAGAUGUUUUGCAGCAGAGACAGACACCUGCGGUGUCAUCACAUCUGCUGCAUGAGCUUCACGUUGUGUUUUUUUCCCUGGUUGUUGAGGGUGUCGAGGGAAAGGCAAGAGGGGCACAGAACUCUGUCUAUGGAGCCCAACAUAUUUCAAAGGCAACUCUUUUGUCUACAAAGAUGGACAGUUGGUUGUGCCUGAAUCUUGUGGUGCAGUUUUCUGACCAAACGCUGUGCAUACAUUUAUUAGAGGAAAGCGUCCAUACAAAUAUCCAUUUCAGGGAAAAUAGCAUACCCAAACCCAUCAUUUUAGGGAUAAACUUGUGCUCAGAACGGCGUAGAUUUGGGGAAACCACAAAAACAAAACUGUAUAGAAGGAGAAGUCAGUGCUAAAAUGCUAAUGCAUUUUCACAAGGACUUUAAAAAUAAUCUGAAAGUGAUGUAGAAAGCUGGAUGGUCUUUAGGAAUUUAAUCACCCCACUUUGGCGAAAGUUGGCAUCCCUCCCUCCUCGUCGCAUCACUUGGGCAAAGGUCAAAGGUUGCAUGAGGUCCCUCGCAGGUGUGUGACAUAGGUAUGGCUGUUGAGUUGCACAUUUAUAAUUCCAAUAUGGAAUAGCACAUGCAUAAGGAGGCUGGCUUCUUCUGCAAAGGAACUGGGUGCAUUACUUCCAGAUUAUUUUCCUAAUCUAGACUGCCAACUCACUGCUGGUCACUGGUGUGUAAGGCCACUCCCAGGACAUCUUGCAAAGCUUAAGUGGUGAUUGAGAGCAGGUAAGAAAGAGUCCUUCUUUGCACAGCACAGAGCUAGACUGUGGAACUCUCUCCCACAGGAGGCAGCGAUGGCCAAAAACCUCAAUGGCUUUAGAAGAGGAUACAGCAAAUUAAUGGGAGGGGGGGCUAUCUCAAUGGCUACCAGCCACAAAGGGCUUCUGCUCUGCCUCCACAGUCAGAGGCAGCAAUGUAAACCACUGGAUGUGUUAAGUUGUGGGUGAACAUAUCAGACGACACAGCGAUUCUUCAAACAGCUCUUGUUUAUUCACAGGCCAGAACUGAACUGAAGGGUUCAGUCAGCCUGCUUAUAUAGAGCUCAACUACAAAGCAACAGUAACAACUUUCUGUAUCUAUCCAAUCACUGAACGUCACUUUCAAUUCCUUAUUUGCAUAUGUGGACCUGAGUGAAAACUAUCUACAGCAUCCCCCUGCUGGCCCAGGGUGAGAACUUAAGUACAUAACAGGAUGAAAGAAGCUCUGGUCCUUAUGUUAUGCUUGCGGGCAUCUUACGGGGUCCUUGCCGCAGGAUCACAUUCAUCCAGUGCUUUACCAACUGCACUGGCUCCCAGUGGAGUACAGGGUCAGGUUUAAGGUGCUGGUUUUGACCUUUAAAGCCCUAUGCGGCCUAGGACCCUCGUACCUAUGGGACAUGUCUCAGAAAUUGAGGCGCAUUUCUGCAUUUUCUCCCUUGAAAUUGCAGGCAGCCCUUUGCGCCUCGGUUGUCGAACGUUUUGGAAGUCGAACGGUCUUCCGGAACAGAUUAUAUUUGACAACCAAGGUUCCGCUGUAGUAAAAAUAAGAAACAGACAACAAACCAAGAACUGCCCAUCUCAGAUGAUGAAUGUAGGGUCCUGGUCGGUUCAUAUGGGGAGAGGCAGUCCUUGAGGUAUUGCUGUUGUUGUAAACAAAAAUUGCCCUUUUCCCUUAUGGGGUAUCCAAGAGCCCAUAUAGAGUCCUUACGUAGGUUCCCUAUUGGUAGGAUAGAAUAACAGAGGCCAACCAGAGAAUAUUGAGAAGCAAAGCAGCUAGUAAGCCUGAUCUUUAUUGAUCUGUUGCAACAGGGUGCUCCCCUCACACGCAGGAGAGAGGAGGAACCCAGAAAAAUGGCAUGCAAGGCCUUAUAAAGACUUUAAAAUUGCCACCCUGUAGAUCAAGACCACCCCUCAGAUACAUCAUACCUACAUCACAGAAAAGGUGGUCUUAAAGCAGAAAUUUGAAUGUUGUUUUUCUCCUGUCGCUGUUUAUCUCCUGUUUGGCAGGUUACUUGAUUGGAUUACCUGGGUAGCCUGGUCAGUCUUUUGUAAUGAUAAAUACUUAGUUCCUGAGCCAUGUCACAGGCUCACACCCUAUUCAUAUCUUAAAUGUGCCCUUAAGACAGGAUUUGUGAGGAAAGAGACAAUGGGGAAGUUUCUCACUUUGACCUUAUCGAGAAAACAUUUACUCAGUUUAGGAAUCAAAAUGGUUCCAGGUUGGUCUUCCUGUGCUGAUCUAUGUACGUGCUUGGUUGGUACACUUAUGAACAUUACCAUAUAUCUAAGACCAUAAAAUUCCUAUCACAAAAUCAUAUGCCCCCCCAACCGCUGCUUAAAAACCUCCAGAGAUGGAGAGUCCCCCACCUUCUGAGGGAGUCCAUUACACUGCUGUUGUUGUUGUUGUUUAGUCGUUUAGUCGUGUCCAACUCUUCGUGACCCCAUUGACCAGAGCACGCCAGGCACUCCUGUCUUCCACUGCCUCCCGCAGUUUGGUCAAACUCAUGCUGGUAGCUUCGAGAACACCAUCCAACCAUCUCGUCCUCUGCCAUCCCCUUCUCCUUGUGUCCUCCAUCUUUCCCAACAUCAGGGUCUUUUCCAGGGAGUCUUCUCUUCUCAUGAGGUGGCUAAAGUAUUGGAGCCUCAACUUCAGGAUCUGUCCUUCCCGGGAGCACUCAGGGUUGGUUUCCUUGAGAAUGGAGAGGUUUGACCUUCUUGCAGUGCAUGGGACUCUCAAGAGUCUCCUCCAACACCAUAAUUCAAAAGCAUCAAUUCUCCAGCGAUCAGCCUUCUUUAUGGUCCAACUCUCACUUCCAUACAUCACUACUGGGAAAACCAUAGCUUUUACUAUACGGACCUUUGUUGGCAACAAACUUUGUUGCUACACAACUUUUAUUGCUCUUGGUCGCAGACACCAGGAGGGCAUCGAAUCAGCAAAGGCCGACCUAGACUUUGCAGGAUAAACCAACGGCGAAGUGAGAAGAUUAUGGGCAGCCUUUGGCCUCGGUCGAGGACAACCUCCUGAUGAGCAGAGAACCAGGACCAAUUCUUUGGACAUCAUUGACUAGUUCCCAGCUUUCCCUGUGGAUGAGAUGAUGCAAAGCGAAGGCUGGCUUUUGUAUCUGCCUGCCAGCUUUGGUCAGGAACAAUAAUUACGUCCUCCUUUAUCUGAGGAGUUACAUGAGCACUUUGAUAUUCCUUACAUCCUCACAAGUGACACCUGCGAGGCGGGUUUGUCUUCAGAAAGGCAAGAUGGCGGGACGUGUUCGGCACUCCCCGGAUCGGCUGCUCGAGACACAGGGCCCCCAGGCAAAGCUUACAAGGCAUUAUCAAAGAGCACUCGUGGAGAUAAGCAGCUUUUGAAAGGGCUGACAUGUCUGCGACGGGGAGUUGGCUCACCUCGGCUCUCGCGGCAAGAGCACGUUUCAGGCAGAGCAACGGGAUCUGAGCUGCUUGCCGUUUGGUAGGGAAGCUCAAGGCGUUCUGGAACAGCUCUCCUCGGGCCUUGCGCUAUUUGCUUUCUUGCUAGGUGGGGCUGUGCUAAGAGGGGAAGCAAGUUGGAGGCAGUUCUGCCAGCUCGCACUUGUUGUUGUUUAGUCGUUUAGUCGUGUCCGACUCUUCGCGACCCCCUGGACCAGAGCACGCCAGGCCCUCCUCUCUUCCACUGCCUCCCGUAGUUUGGUCAAACUCAUGCUGGUAGCUUCAAGAACACUGUCCAACCAUCUCGUCCUCUGUCGUCCCCUUCUCCUUGUGCCCUCCAUCUUUCCCAGCAUCAGGGUCUUUUCCAGGAGUCUUCUCUUCUCAUGAGGUGGCCAAAGUACUUGGAACCUCAGCUGCAGGAUCUGUCCUUCCCGUGAGCUCUCAUGGCUGAUCUCCUUCAGAAUGGAGUGGUUUGCUCUUCUUGCAGUCCAUGGGACUCUCAAGAGUCUCCUCCAGCACCAGAAUUCAAAAGCAUCAAUUCUUCGGCCAUCAGCCUUCUUUAUGGUCCAGCUCUCACUUCCAUACAUCACUACUGGGAAAACCAUAGCUUUUGCUAUACGGACCUUUGUUGGCAAGGUGAUGUCUCUGCUUUUUAAGAUGCUGUCUAGGUUUGUCAUUGCUCAGCUCUCACUUAAGAGCAUUCAAAGAAUGCUAGUGGAUCAGGCUUGUCGUCCAGCAUCCUGUUCACACAGGGGCCAAAUAUCCCUAAGAAUCCAGAUAGACUGCUGCAGGACCUGGAGGCUCCAUAAUAAAAUAAGUGGAGGCUGCUGCCUGUGGCCCUUCUAGUCCAGCAUCCUGUUCUCACAGUGGCCAACCAGAUGCCUGUGGGAAACCAGCAAUCAGGAUUCGAGCACAAAAGCAGCUCUCCCCUCCUGCAGUUUCCAGCAGUUGGUCUUCAGAAGCAUUGCUACCUCUGACCAUGAAGUCAGAGCAGAGCCGUCCUGGAUAGUAGCCAUCAAUAGCCCUCUCCUCUUCCAUGAACUGGUCCAGCCCUCUUUUACAGCCAUCCAAAUCGGUGGUCAUCUCUGCCUCCUGUGGGAAGGAGUUCCACAGUCUACCUCUGCACCGUGUGAAGUGAAUGGUCACAAAUGGCCCCUACCAGAAGAGGCUCAAAUCAGUGUGAUGUAGUGGUUAAGAGCGGUGGACUCAUAAUUUGGUGAACCGGGUUUGCUUCCCCGCUCCUCCACAUGCAGCUGAUGGGUGACCUUGGGCCAGUCACACUUCUCUGAAGUCUCUCAGCCCCACUCACCUCACAGCGGGUUUGUUGGGGGGGAGGAAGGGAAAGGAGAAUGUUAGCUGCUUUGAGACUCCUUAGGGUAGUGAUAAAGCAGGAUAUCAAAUCCAAACUCCUCUUCUUCUUCUUCAUCUAUGGACCGUCCCCUAAAGUUAUGGUGACUGGGCCAGGAAGGGGGUGCAAAGAACAUCCAUUUUCAUUCAUUUGCGUUCAUUUGGUUAAUUGGUUCAUUCAUUCAUCAAGUGCAAAUCCAUAAAUGUGCACCUCAAAACCUCAGUGAUGGUGCCACUCCCUGGUUUAGGAAGUUGUGGUUGUUUAGCCUGGAGAAGAGAGGACUGUGGGGUGAGAUGAUCGUUGUCUUCAAAGAUCCAAAGGGCUGUCACAUGGAAGAUGGAGCGAGCUUGUUUUCUAUUGCUCUGGAAGGGAGGAGAUUCUGUGGGAUGUGAAACACAAGAGCAGUCAAGUGCAACAUUCCUAGAGUGGACAUGUUUACACGUGGGGAGGGAUGUUUGUCCAGCCAGCAGGUAAACUUCCUGUUUCCUUCUGGGCUGGGACAGACUUCCUCUGCAUGUGACUAGAGGUGGGUGUGGCCUCACCUGUGCAGGUAACGACAAAAGCACAGGGCAGGGCAGCCAUCUCUCUCUCUUUGACUACAUGCAUCAAAGAAGCAACAUCUGCUUAGCCAAAGAUGCUCUCUUGGCCUCCAGCCAAGAGAGGACAAAGGGACUGUCUCCUUAUGAGAUAGUUUCCAGGUGUAUGUUACUUUUCUAAGCUAAGUCUGCCUUCUAGGAUCCGAUUGUGAACAGAAUGUGAGUAAACUCUUUUUAUACUUUUAUAGAAGCUGUGUUGUGUCUUAUCUUUUAUGAGGGAAUAAGGGGGAAAUACCAGAAGAGUUGUUAUAGAGGCUUUAGCGAGCCUGAGCAAAUGCAUCCGCUGUGAGUUUAAAAAGGAGAAUGUUACUCUGCUAAAUUGUGAACUUGUUAACACAAGUUGGAAAGGCUAUAAUCAAACAAAAUAUCCUCUUCUGCAUCCCUGAACAUCCCCACAGAUUCCAGCUAAAUAUUAGGCAAGAACCGUUCAACAGUAGAGUGGUCUGCCUCUGAAAAUGGUGGGCUCCCUACUGGUUUCUGAGCAGAGCUUGGCUGGCCACCUGCCAUGGAUGCUUUCAUUGAGAUUCCUGCAUUGCAGAGGGUUGGACUAGAGAACCUUUGGGGAUCCCUUCCAACUCUACAGUUCUAUCAGUGUAUUGUUCUCACCCACCUUGGAACCUUAUGGUGAAGGGUGAGUAGGACAUCUUUCAAAUAAACAGCCGCAAUCUUUUAAAUGUCCUGAAGUGCCCAUCAGGGAGCCUUCCCUUGGAGCUGCUCUUGACUGUGUUAUGUGACUCAACUGCAAAUGGGGAUUUUCACGUGUGUGUUUGUUUGAGGAAGAGAGAAAGAGACUCCGCUCUCUUCCUUCAUUAUGCCGUGAUAUCUCCUGGAGCCAGGGUGAUAAUUAGACGCCUUCUUCCCUGUUAACACCUGCUGCGAAUUUGCUUAAGAGUUAGUCCGCCCAGUGAUAACGUUCAAGAAAUCUCUCAAUGCAAACACAUUUGCAGAAGUGAAUAUCCCUCUUUGACUCAGUUGUGGAACCUGAUAAGGAGUGGGAAUGAGUGUUAAAUAAUACAGUUUGAUCUUUAGGCACACCAGUCUUCCUGGGGUGGCUUGAAGGCAGAUCAAAUUCUCACCCACAUGUUAAAAAGAAAAAAAAAUCAGCUCAAGGGACUUUCCUCAUCUGCAACCGUAACACUUAAAAAAAUCUCAUCCAUGGUCCUAUGACCCCUUUUGCCCAUGGGAAAGGCAGCUAUGAUACGUGCCACUUCAAUCCUAUGCCUGCUGUUGUAGGACUUGACCCCGUUGAAUUCAAUGCAGUUUAAACUCUGAGUAGACAUACUUAGGGCUACAGUCUUACUCAUCUUUACCUGGGAUUGCAGAUAAAAUAAAGCUUAUGUUCUCACUGAAAGCCAUGAGAAUUCAUUCUGAGAAGACAUGUUGAGGAUUGUGAUGUUGAUUCCAGGUGUGGUAAGAAUCUUAUACAAUUCUUGCUAUCCAGAUUUGUCCAAGGAUAGCUCGUCCUACAGGCGAGUAGGACCCUGGCAGAGACACAUGCCUAACUGGCAUGUUCUCUCGCUCCUGGUCGAUCAUUCGGGAGCUUCAAAAGCUUUCUUCAGCCCGAACAUCACAGCGACCGAUGCCAACCGACACCGGCACAAUUAGGGAUCUGCAGAGUUUGCGCAUCAUGCGUGACAGACCUCAGCAACUCAGCAUUUUGGCUAAUUUACUUUAUUUACAUACAAACACACAUGGAGCACUGCAACGUGGCUCCCUCUCUCUCUAGCAUCAGACAGCAAAGAGAAAGAACAAAGGACAAUAGUCCCACUUCACGGAACACAGUAACACAAACAUCCUGUCUCCAUCACUUCCCACUCUGUGGAGUCAAAACAUACACCGUCAUGUGAAAGACAAUAAUCCCAUGACUGCAAUCAUGGAGCAGGAAUUCUAACAGUCACAUCCUUUACACAGCUGCGUGGAUCUUUUCAGACACCAACUUUGGUCCGACUUGCAACUGGAUCUGUACCAAGAACAUCCUCCACCAUUUCUGUUUCUCCUCUGUUGUUCAAAAGUGUGUUCCUUACCCUCUGCUUUUGCAAAUCCAGUUUUCUGCUGUGACAUACACAAGCUGGUCAGGGAUGGAGGUUGGAGCUGAAGGUGACCAGGGGAGGAUGACGAAGAAGGUGACGGGUUUGGAAACCGAGCCUGGUGAGAAAUGGCUGCGGGAGUUCAGUGUGUUUAGCCUGGAAAAGAGAAGAAGACUGACAGUGGAGAAGAUGGCCACCUUCCAAUAUCUGAAGGGCUACCAAGCAGAAGAGGGAACAAGCUUGUUUUCUGCUGCUCCAGAGGGCAGAAAGGACACCAACCAAUGGAUUCAAAUGACAGGAAAGGAGAUUCUAACCAAAGAUCAGGAAGAACUUUCUGACAGGAAGAGCUGUUCAACAGAGCUUGGAUGACCACCUGCCAUGGAGGUUUUAGCUGAGAUUCCUGCAUUGCAGGGGGUUGGACUAGAUGACCCCGGGGUUCCUUCCAAUUCUACGAUUCCAUGAAUCCAUUUUCUGUCUUUUGGAAACCUUUUCUGCACUGUCAAAAAGUCCAUCACUUUCAGUUUUUUUAUGGCAGUGUCCUAAAGUCAGGGAGGGGAACCAGCCUUGUGGCCAAACCUUGGCAUUAUCAGGACCAGGCUCUGACCAGCUGAGCUAUCCAGCUAUCCAGGGAUUAGAAUAUUUGGGUGACUUUCAGAGGCAGACAAAUUGUAUAUAUUUAGGCGACACUCGCCUUUAUGGAGUGGGCUAGAGUUUGUUUUUAUUUAUUUUCCAUUCAUUUCAUAAAAUCUAUAUGCCACUUGAUUUUAGGGGGGAAACCCUCAAAGAUUAAAAAAAAUUCAAAUUAUCACUAAAACUUUUACAACCAUCAUUUAAAACAUACACAUAGUUAAAGCCGCAAUAGAGUAGACUUAAACUCAGUAAAACUCAAACUUCCUAAACAUCUGGGUAGGCUGGUCUAAAAAAGAAUGUGCUUCCGCAGGUGCUGAGAAGAAGAAGAAGAAGAAGAGUUUGGAUUUGAUAUCCCGCCUUUCACUCCCCUUCAGGAGUCUCAAAGCGGCUCACAUUCUCCUUUCCCUUCCUCCCCCACAACAAACACUCUUGUGAGGUGAGUGGGGCUGAGAGACUUCAGAGAAGUGUGACUGGCCCAAGGUCACCCAGCAGCUGCAUGUGGAGGAGCAGAGACGCGAACCCGGUUCACCAGAUUACGAGUCCACCGCUCUUAACCACUACACCACACUGGCACACAGUGGAAGUGCCUCCCUGGUAUCAAUAAGCAGGGAGUUCCAAAGUGUCCACCACACUUUUCUGUCUGAUGUUUAAGCCCUGCUAAAGAUAUAAUAAUAAUAAUAAUAAUAAUAUUUUAUUUAUACCCCGCCCUCCCCAGCCAAGACCGGGCUCAGGGCGGCUAACGAGCAAUAAUAAAAACAAGUUGAAUGAAUACAACUUAUAAACAAGAUUAAAAUGCAACAAUUAAAAUAUUGAAACAUUAAAAUAUUAAAAUGCAGCCUCAUCACAGGAGGAGAAAGGAAAAAGAAAAAGAAAGAGGGGGAGGGAAUCAAACUGAUUCCAAGCCAAAGGCCAGGCGGAACAACUCUGUCUUACAGGCCCUGCGGAAAGAAAUCAGAUCCCACAGGGCCCUGGUCUCAUGAGGCAGAGCGUUCCACCAGGCCGGGGCCAGUGUUGAAAAGGCCCUGCUCUGGUUGAGGCUAAUCUAACUUCCUUAGGGCCCGGAACCUCUAGGGUUCUCCUUAAGGUCCUCCGUGGGGCAUACCGGGAGAGGCGGUCCCGUAGGUACAAGGGUCCUAGGCCAUGAUGAGGAAUGAUGAGGAAUCUGUCAAUUUAAGUCGCCCUGGAACCAAGCUAUUUGAGGAAUGCUUGAAGAACCCAUACAGAAUCCUAGAAUCCUAGAAUUGUAGAGCUGGACAAGGCCCCGAGGGUCAUCUAGACCAACCCCCUUCAAUGCUGGAAGAUGCUCAGCCCCUGAAAUCAGACUCACUUUCCUCUCCACCUUCAGACUGGUAGUUGCCAUAGUCAGGGUUUUCUUGGUGUUGGCUCCACAUCUGUGGAAUGUCCUUAACAGUAGCUGCCUUUAAGCAGUCCUCCCAAACUUUUUUGUUUUGCUUGCUGUUUGGUUGAUUUUGUCAUACAUGCUGGCAGUGAGUUCCUGUUGUCUGGCUGGUUUUGAUCAUCUUUAAUUGCGUAUCAACCCUUUUUUGUCAUUUUAAGUUUUUUAAUCGCCGUGAGCUGCCUCGGGAGGGUUUCUCUGAAAAACAGAAUAAAAACAAAGUGAUAAAUGGAGGAUUUUUCAUCUCACAGCUGCUGUGCUAAAGGAGCUCUCAACCUAUGCAAAAUAAAAAUGGCUGAGACCUUUUUUUGUGUGUCAAAAUUUCCACACACUUUUGUUGGAGAAAACAUCAUCUCAUUUCCAUCUUUGGCAAAGAGUUGAUUUUGGAGAGCUGGUGUCGAGUGCUCCAACUGAGAGGUUUAGAUUGCCUUGCCUUGAUUUCUUAAAUUAACCACCCUGUUGGAGUGCGGGUGCUUAAUCCACAAUCUGACACUUGGGUUUUAUUCCAGACGCCAUCCAGGGCCAAGUUAACCGGGAGAAGAGCUCUCUUCUAAAGCAGCGAAACCCACAGAGCUCUUCGGAUCUUGUUUGCAAGAGGUUUAUGGGUGGCCAACACUAAAAUUAUUACCUUCCAUGGUAAUGAUUUUGGAAGAACUCCCAAGGACAUAAAAGGGAUUGUGCAGAUCGUGAUGUCCCUUAGGCUCGGCACCUGAUACGCCAGAAUGGGUUAAAGGUAAAGGUACCCCUGACCGUCAGGUCCAGUCGUGGCCGACUCUGGGGUUGCGGCGCUCAUCUCGCUUUAUUGGCUGAGGGAGCUGGCGUACAGCUUCCGGGUCAUGUGGCCAGCAUGACUAAGCUGCUUCUGGCGAACCAGAGCAGCACACGGAAACGCCGUUUUCCUUCCCGCCAGAGCAGUACCUAUUUAUCUACUUGCACUUUGACGUGCUUUCGAACUGCUAGGUUGGCAGGAGCUGGGACCGAACAAAGGGAACUCAUGUCAAGCCGUGUGUUCAAAGCAGUCUUUCAAAAGAUUCAUGCUAAGGAUCAGUGCUCACUAGAUAGUGUAGUAGCUGCUGAUGACUAUCUAGUGAGCACUGAUCCUUAGCAUGAAUCUGACUUACAUAUUCUGUUGAAAAAUAUUGGUUGAUGAAGACUAUUACAAAACAGUAGUAUCAUUCUGGAGACACUGUCCUUUUGAGGCUUAUGAGACGUCUUCCAUUGAAACUUUUGAAAGACUAUUGAGAGACUUUACUUUUGAAUCUUUUGAGACAUCUUCUGUUGAAACUUUUGAAAGAUUGUUGUGAGACUGUCCUUAGACAUCUGUUUUGAACACACGGCUUGACGGUCCUUGCUACCACUCUGUUAUGUUGUACAUAUGAACUUUGAUAGGCUUAUUCCUAUAAUUUGAAUGAUAUCAUUAUUCAAUUAUAUAUUCUCUACUAACUAUUAGCCUACAUGUUGUGUUUGUAUUGCUGUGAUUGGCUCUUAUUGCAACACAGGGGUUUGUUUUUCGUUCCCUUCUGUUGGAGAGCAGAAGUGGAAGUGCCUUGCACACCGGAAACUUCCUGGCAGCCCUCAGGUGGGCUUGGGGAUGCUGCUAUCCUGUUGACAUCAAAGAGAUUGCUGCUGCUGCAGCGCCACUGGAACAAUAUAAACUGCUGGUUUGAAAUAUAUUAAAAAAUAUUUUAAAAUGUCCAGUAGCACCUUAGAGACCAACUAAGUUUGUUCUGGGUAUAAGCUUUCUUGUGCAUGCACACUUCUUCAGAUACACUGAAACAGAAGUCACCAGACCCUUAUAUAUAGUGAGAGGGUGGGGUGGGGUUUUUCUCAGGAGGGGAGCAGGAGAUGGGAGAUUGACUCAAGGUCAACCUGUUGACGACUGUUAACGACUGCAAUUAGUCCUACAGGAAAAAGCUAGGGAUAGUAUGCAGAUGAUUAGCAUAUGUAAUGAGACAGGAAUCCAAUAUCUCUAUUCAGACCAGGGCUCUCCAUAGUUUUCAGUUUAGUGAUAAGUUAUAAUUCAGCAACUUCUCUUUCAAGUCUGUUUCUGAAAUUCUUUUGCAAUAAGACAGCUGCUUUGAGAUCCUGUAUUGAAUGUCCUGGGAGACUGAAGUGUUCUCCUACUGGCUUCUCUGUCUUGUGAUUCCUGAUGUCAGAUGAUGGCUUGAAUAUGACUUAGGUCCAAGCUAUCUGGAAGACUGCAUUCCUUCAUACAACCUUUCCCAGGCUCAGAGAUCUUCCAGGGAAGCCCUUCUCUUGGUGUCAUCACCCUCCCAGUCAUGCCUGAUGGGUAUUCAAGACAGGGCCUUCUUGGUGGUGGCCGCUCCCAGGCAACUUUGGAACUCCCUCCCCAGAGAGGCCAGACUGGCUCCCUCCUUGCGGUCCUUCUGCUAGCAGGUGAAGACUUUCUUGGUCUGACAGGCUUUUGGGAAGUGGUUGCUGUUAAUGCAGGAAUCACAACUGAAGAAACCUUGAGAGGUGGCCAUCCAUCCCCUGCUUAAUAUCCUCCAAUGAAGGAGAGUCCACCACCUGCAGUACAGGGGGUUGGACUGGUUGAUUCUUGGAGCACCUUCUAUGAUUCUACCUUCCAAGAGAGGGCACUGAGCUACUAAACAGCUCUUGCCCUCUGAAAGUUCUUCCUAAUAUUGAGUCAGAACCUCCUUUUGUGUCAUUUGAAUUCUUUGGUUUGGGUCCUAACAUCUGGAAGCAGGAGAAAUCAAGAAAUCUCCCACGGGGCAGCCCUUCAGAUAUUUGAACAUAGCUAUCCUAUCUCUUGAGAGUCCCAUGGACUGCAAGAAGAUCAAACCUCUCCAUUCUGAAGGAAAUCAGCCCUGAGUGCUCACUGGAAGGACAGAUCCUGAAGCUGAGGCUCCAGUACUUUGGCCACCUCAUGAGAAGAGAAGACUCUCUGGAAAAGACCCUGAUGUUGGGAAAGAUGGAGGGCACAAGGAGAAGGGGACGACAGAGGACGAGAUGGUUGGAUAGUGUUAUAGAAGCGACCAGCAUGAGUCUGACCAAACUGCGGGAGGCAGUGGAAGGCAGGAGUGCCUGGCGUGCUCUGGUCCAGGGGGUCACCAAGAGGCGGACACGACUAAACGACUCAACAACAACAAAUCCUAUCUCCUCUCAAUCUUCUGUUCUCCAGGCUAAACAAAAUUCUGAUCUUUUUCCAAGUCACUCUGUGCUCCCUCCGUUUCAAUCUGUGCUUAAACAAAGCUCUUCAUUUCCCGCAUUUUAAAAGCCUUUGCAGCUCCACACCAGUCUGAGCCUUAGAGGCUUUCUGAUAGGCAUUACAAAGUGAGGCUGUCAAAAAGGCUGCCCUGUGGAGUUCUGAGGAGCUCGGGGUGUUUUGUGUUGUUAGAGCAGAGCAACGUGGGGUUUUUAAAACUUAAAUGAAGCUUUUCGCUAAACAAAAACAGAAUAUCCUCUAUGCCUGUGCUUUAGCAAAAAUAAAAAUAAAAAUCCUGAGCUCUUCAUUUCUCCAUGUGCAAAAUCUUGGCUGGAAUCAUAGAACUGUAGGUUGGGUCAUCUAGCCCAACCCACUUUAAUCUAGGGAUGACCCCUGCACUGCAGAUCCCUUGAGCCCAGAGAAACAUAGAAUAUGAAUGGUAAGAGCAGAGAGACAAAAUGCAUUCAGGUCCUGCUUAUGGGCUUCCAACUAAUCCAGAAUGCGGCAGCUCGACUGGUGACUGGGGGUGGCUGCUGAGACCAGAUAACACCGGUCCUGAAAGACCUACACUGGCUCCCAGUAUGUUUCCGAGCACAAUUCAAAGUGUUGGUGCUGACCAUUAAAGCCCUGAACGGCCUCGGUCCUGUAUACCUGAAGGAGCAUCUCCACCCCCAUCGUUCUGCCUGGACACUGAGGUCCAGCUCCGAGGGCCUUCUGGCAGUUCCCUCCCUGCGAGAAGUGAGGUUACAGCGAACCAGGCAGAGGGCCUUCUCGGUGGUGGCGCCCUCCCUGUGGAACAGCCUCCCUUCAGAUGUCAAGGAAAGAAUCAACUAUUUGACUUUUAGAAGACAUCUGAAGGCAGCCCUGUUUAGGGAAGUUUUUGAUGUUUGAUCUUUUACUAUUUUGUUGGGAGCUUGCCAGAGUGGCUGGGGAAACCCAGUCAUAUGGGCGGCAUAUAACUGUUUUAUGCUGUUUUUAAUAUUCUGUUGAGAGCUGCCCAGAGUGGGUGGGGAAACCCAGCUGGAUGGGCGGGGUGUAAAUAAUAAAUUUAUUAUUAUUAUUAUUAUUAUUAUUAUUAUUAUUAUUAUUAUUAUCACCACCACCAUCAUCAUCAUUCCCAAUGGGGCAUCCUGGGAACAGGAUGUUGGACUAGCUGAAGGACAUACAAAUAUCCUCCAGAAUCAUGCAAGCGGUCCAUCCACUCCCGCAUCCUGUUCUCCCAACCAGAUGCCCCGAGGAAAAACCAGCAAGCGGGAUGUGAGUGCAAGAGCACUUGCUCCCCUCCUGUAGUUUCCAGCCAGUGGCCUUGAGAAGCGUUGAUGGUUCCAGCCGCAGAUGGCCCACUGGCCUGAUCCAGCACCCAUGCUCUUUUGCUCUCCUGUUUUCUAGAGAGUUUUGCCAGCCCUCUCGGAAGUGGUUCCGAGCAGACUCCAGAAAUGGCAAGCAGAGGAGCCUAUUCAAAGCCACGUCAAUCACGUCUUGAUUGAUGGGAGGACACAGGAGGCGAUAUCGGCAACUUCCAGGAUCCUGAAAGGGCAGAUAAGGGUGUCAGUCACUUGCCAGAUGGAGCAGGAACAGUCCUUCCCUCCGCAGAUGGAUGGAUGAUUCACCACCCGCCUGCCUCCCUUUCUUCCCUUCAUCCUUCUUCCAAGGCUUCUUGUUGAAUAACAAGCAAUAAAUGGCAAGAGAGUAAACUGACGGGAGCGAUGAAGUCUCACUGCAUGGGGCAACUUCAAAAGAGACUUCUCUGAGUUGCCUCCACCCAUGUGGGAGAUGGGCUGCAGUGCUCAGACACUGCUCAGGCAGUCUUGGAAGUGGCAAACCAUUCCUGCCCUCUCGUGAAUGCAGAUGCUUAUUUUAUUUUUAAUUUCCCAGCGAGACAAAAGUCUGUCUGGAUCUGAGUGAGAAACGACCCAGAUUCCACCGGAGAUCAAUCGCCCGGCUCUGUGGCAGAAUUCCUUAAACAGCACCUCUUGUCAUUCUGCCGCUGUUCCCUGACAGCGCGAGUGCUAAACACAUGUCAGGAGGGUUUUGACGGGUAACAAUCUUGUGAAAGUUGAAAACCUUUAAGUUUCCGGAGCGAGCUGUUCUCCCUCCCGCACCCACCACCCCUCCGGCUGCAACGGCGUCGCUCACCAAGAUCCCUUGGAGCUGAAAAAAUUGAGCUGUCACUCAAGCUCAGCAGGAGGAGACGAAGCCAGUGAAAGGGAACAGGACCUGUCAUUGUCUGCUCCCCCCCCCCCUUAUGUAUGGGUGACCAUCAUGAGCUGGCAAAAGGCCGCAAUCAAUGCUGUUUGAGGGAAAGCAUGCAAUGUACAGAUUCACCUUAAAGCUCUCUUUUUAUUCAGGCACCUGCAUGUUGCUUUGGCAUCUGUCUGUCUCAGGAGACAAUGGAACCAGGGCCGCCUUACCCAUAGGCGCUAGGGGUGUGGGGCACCCGGGCACCAGGCUCUCAGGGGCACCAGGCCGAAAGUCCAGGGCUGAGAUUUGGAGUCCGGGGAUUGAAGAGCCAGGCCAGCCGACAGCCGCUGCUGAGUGGAGCAGACCCCUUUAGAGCACCACAGGGCUGGCCUUCCCCCGCCCUCUGUGGGGAUUGCUCUCCUCUCACAGCGGCAUGGGAGAGAGUUGCGUGCCCCCCAAAAAAGCUCAACAACUUUGGCCUGCCUCCCCCAAAAUGGGGGCACUGGGCAGUUUGUUUGCACCCUGGCGCCGCGUAGGCUAAAGGUGACCCUGAAUGGAACAGUGCACCUUUGUGGGUGAAGUCAGACUGGAGUUACAGCAUCUGCUGUGGAUGUAGAAACCAGUAUGGGAGAGACAUGUUUUGUUGCAGCUGGGGCAGAGGAAGGCGUCUGGUUGUGCUGCUACAGAUGCAUCAGGGUGUUUCUUCUCCGCGCUUCUACCAGCGGUCAUUCUUCCUCUGGUCACUGCUAGGGAUGCACAACCUGACUGUCUGUUUGCUGGCACUGCGGUCGCCUGCAAGGGAUUCCCACACAGUUGAUGUCGCCAGACUUCAUAUCACAUUUAUAAACAUCUUUGUAGCACAGAGUUGUUCUGCCAACAGGCCUGGUGCCUGAAGCUCGUUCCACGUGGAGCGUGUCCUUGGGGGUCUUGCCAUCUUCCAUUGUGUGGACAUGACCAAACCAGCGGAGACAUCGCAGAGACAAGAGUGUGAACAUGCUGGGAAUAUGGUUUUGGGAGAGCACAUCUUUGUUUGAGAUUCUCUCCUGCUACGUGGUGCCCAACACUGGCUCCCGGUGGAGUACAGGAUCAGGUUGAAGAUGCUGGUUUUAACCUUUAAAGCCCUAUGUGGCCUAGGACCCUCGUACCUACGGGACCGCCUCUCCUGGUAUGUCCCACGGAGGACCUUAAGGUCUUCAAAUAAAAACAUCUUGGAGAUCCCGGGCCACAGGGAGGUUGGGCUGGCCUCAACCAGAGCCAGGGCUUUUUCGGCUGUGGCCCCGAUCUGGUGGAACACUCUGUCACAAGCGACUAGGGCCCUGCGGGACUUGACAUCUUUCCGCAGGGCCUGCAAAAUGGAGCUGUUCCACCAGGCCUUUGGUCAGGGCGCAGUCUGACCCCCUCUCUCCUUCUGUAAUCCUCACAGAACUCUAGCCCAAUGGUUGCCAUUAAUUUGAUUCUGAACUGAUUUUAGAAUGUAUUUCAAUUAAUUGACUGUGGUUUUAUGUAAUUUGUGCUAUUUUUACUGUUGUUAGCCGCUCUGAGCCUGGCUUUGGCUGGGGAGGGCGGGAUAUAAAUAAAUUAUUAUUAUUAUUAUUAUUAUUAUUAUUAUUAUUAUUAUUGAUGCAAUGCAUGUGGAAGGUGUUGAGCAUCGCUCCUGAUGGUUAUAAGUUGCCCACAACCCACAACCCACUUCCAUAAAGCAGCUUGCUCAACACACAAGAAUGGAUGAGCGUCAAGUCCUCUGAGCUGCGUGCAGAAUGUAAGGAAUAUUUAUACGUGGUUUGUCACACGAAGCACAAGGACUAAGAACGUAAGAAGAACCUGCUGGCUGUUCUCACAGGGGCUGAACAGUUGCGUAUGGGAAACAGGGGAGCAGGAUCCAAGCCCAAGAGCCCUUUCCCCUCCAGCAAUUUCCAGCCACUUCCUCCUGGGGAGGCGUAGACAGCUUGGCCAGUAGCCAUCGGACGCCAUCAUUGCCUCCACCCCCCCUCAUCAUUUUGGUUGCCCUUCAAAAUAUAAAAUGAAGCCAUUAAUACUGAUUUACAGCUUAUUACCACACUGCUAACAGCAGCAAAACAGUGUCUAGCGGGGAAAUGGAAAAAUAAAGAUUCCCCCCUACCGUGUCUAAUUGGUUAAGAAAAAUUUGGCAAAGUGCCUUAAUGAUAAAAAAUUAUGAGAGAAACACAAUCACGAAAACAAAUUAAUGGAGAGGUAGGCCCUGUUUUCACAUUUCUGGAAUUCCAAUGUAAAUGAUGAUAUUUUUUUCCCUUUCACCAUACUGUAAAGGGUGUUUGUUUGUUUGCUUGCUUGCUAUGCUAUCUCCCCGCCCCCACACAUUUCUUUUUAUUAUUUUCUUUUCUAUUUCAUUUGUAUAUAAUGGUCUUGUCCACAAAUUUAAAUAAUACCAGCAACGGGAAGUUCAAAGCAAACUUUCAGCAUGUUCUGAAAUUGCUGCCUCCCCUUUAAAUUCAUCUUGCAAAUAGCCCCAUUAUUCUCCUGUCCCAGGCGGUCUGCGGUUACAUGUGUCAGGACACAACUCUGCUCUUUUGCAGCUAAGCAAUACACGAAUCAUUAAAUGCCACGCCACCUUUUGUUCCAGGUUGCUCUCCUUCCAAUUUUAACUGGGGCUGAGUUCGGCAUCUUUAAUCCUCCACCCUGAGCCAAACUUAUUGAUUCUGCUGACACACUUAAAUGGAGACAACAAAGAGUCUUGCAGUAUUUAAAAAACUUACGUGCUCAUUGCCUUUCGUGGACUACAGUUUAUGCCAUAGCAAAGGUGUUAGUCCUCAAGAGCGCAUAAGAUUCUUGGUGCUGUUCUUGUUGCUGUUCUCAAAUCUACUUGCGAGUUUGCCCCAAUUAUUUGGUUGGCCUGGUUGUAAACGAAAAUCUGCCCUUAUCCCCUUAUGGGGUAUCCAAGAGCCCAUAUAGAGUCCUUAAGUGGGUUCCCUAUUGUUAGGAGAAAAUAACAGAGGCCAACCAGAGAAUAUUGAGAAGCAAAGCAGCUAAUAAGCCGGAUCUUUAUUGAUCUGUUGCAACAGGGUCCUCACUCACCACAUGCAGGAGGAAGGAGGAACCAGAACCCAGGUGUGCCCGCCCGUAUAUAGACAUUUUAAAUUGCCCGCCUUGGAGUCCAAGGCCACCCCUCCAUACAUCAUACAUACAUCACAGAAAAGGCGGUCUACAGCAGAAAUCUGAGUGCGUUGUUUAUCUCGUCUGACAGGUUACCUGUUAAUGCUCACUUGAUUGGAUUGCCUGGGGAGCCUGGCCAGGCUUUUGUAAAGAUAAAUACUUAGUUCCUGAGCCAGGUCACAGGCUCACACCCUAUUCAAACACACACAUACCCUUAAGACAGGAUUUGUGAAGGAAAAGACAAUGAGGAGGCUUUUCCAUUUUUCUUUGACCUUGCAGAGAAAACAUUUGGUCAGUUUGGGAAUCAAAAAUGGUUUCAGGUCAGUCUUCCUGUGCUGAUCUAUGUAUGUGCUUGGUUGGUACACUUAUGAACAUUUAUUAUAUAUCUUAGACCUUAAGAUUCUUAUCACAGCCUCUAUGAGAACGUUGUUGUCAAGCUGUACCUUUUUAAUCAUGUUUUAUUUUUUUAUGAUUAAACUGAUUAAUUUAGAAAUGUCCUUUUGCAUAUUUGCCGCAAGACCUUUUUUUUUACAGACAUAUCAUGAAGCAACUAAAGUUGUUUUUAAAACAGUGGGUGGGGGUGUGUGCAGAAACCUAACUGAAAAUUGGUUUUAAAACAAUCCCAAAUUUAUUGAUUUGAAUUGUUUGUUUAUUAUUCAAUUUGUACACCGCACUUCCCCCAAAUAUCACAGAGCAAUUCACAACAAAUGAACUCCUGGUGCAAAGACCUUCUCAUCUAGCUGGCAAAGCUUGUUGCGGGGGGGGGGCAGGCGGAAUUGGCUUCAAUCACUUCUGGAAAGCAUAGAGAGUGGGCUUUUAUUGCUUUUUUGAUCCAUUCUUCAGGGCUCUAUUGUCGGUUUUACAUGUCGGAAGCAGCUCUGCGAGAGUACGGCCUUGAAAAUCGGCCGUAAGAUCUCAAAACAAGCUGUCAGGGAACUGCCAUCAGUGCCGGAGGGAGAGAGCAAAAGCCAGAGGGAUUCCAGAGAGCGUCCCGGGAUUGGGAGAGGCAGCCCAUCUUCUGGGGAAGAGAAUCAGCGUAGCACCAGUGGAGAAGGGGGGCAGAUGGGGGAAGCGGUGAGGCGGUCCCAUGACUCCUUGCUGGGGACCAGCGGGGAGAGUAGGGGUCCUCCGUUGCCUACGCCCUCCUUGUGCAGAAGGCUUUCGCGCAGAGAGAGUAGGAGGAGACUAGGCGUCAAAGAGCUUCUUUGCUGGAAGAAGUUUAAGAAACGCCCACUGACGGAUUCUGCCAGCGAUUGAGACAGCCACGGGUGAGUGGCUGUCCGGACAGAAAAGGUUCACUCAGGCAACCCAGCCAGGUGUUUGCACCGGCUUACGCACGAGCAACCCCUAGAACCACGACACAAGCAAACAAAUUUGCUCACUUACAUCCUAAUGAAUAAUGGAGAGUGGCCCAUCCGUUUCCCUCUCGGGUCAAAUGGAAACACUCUCUGCAAGCGAACCGUCUCCCGAUGCAAUUUCCCAGGGAAAGAAGCGAUGUUUAAAGAGGCAUCUCCGCUCUGGCUUCCUUGCACCUUGAGCGGUUUGUUCCCAUCAACCAGGCUAGCAUAGGAUGUCAAAGGAAAUCAAGCCUACACACUGUGAUUGGGCAAAGGUUUGUUAAAAGACUCUGUUUAUGAAGACAAGGCAAUUGCAUCCACCAGCCAGACUUUGUUCUGAACUGAUUAAUAGGGUUUCCUCUCUACAUACAUAGAAAUCGUAGAAUCGGAGACCUGGAAGGGACCACAAGCGUAAUCUAGUCCAACCCCCUGCGAUGCAACUCUUUAAUGUGGCAUCAUAGUGCUUUCUUUUUUUAUUAUUAUUCAAAAUUAUAACAAGACAUAUUAUCCAAAAACAUAUCAUCCUUGCUCCCCCCCCAUUCCCCCCCCAAACCCACACACCCCGACUUCCCUCAGUUCCAGUCUUUGGUUUCUCUGAGAAUGCUGUUUUCUGCAUGUUACACAGUUGUAUAGAUCCUCAAACUACUUAGCUGAUUAUUAUCAACAAAAAGUUUGUGAAUGUUUAUUCAAAACCUGCCAAGGAGUCCGGUUCGCUUUGUUGUGUCUUCAGAUACUUUGUAAAGGGUUCCCAUUCAUCCUUAAAGUCACAGUUAUCCUUGUCCCGUAGCUUAUAUGUCAGUUUUGCCAGUUCUGCAUAGUCCGUCGAUUUUUCUUGCCAUGAUUCUUUAGUUGAGGUUUCUUCAGUCUUCCAUCCUUGUGCUACCAGAACUCUCACGGUCAUUGUCGCAUACAUGAAGAUGUUUUUCAACUUUUUUGGCAGGUCUUUCCCUACCACCCCCAACAAAAAUGCCUCGGGUUUUUUAACAAAUGUUAAAUGGAACAUUUUCUUCAAUUCGUUGUAUAUCAUUUCCCAAAAUUUUUUUAUUACCUUACAAUCCCACCACAUAUGAUAAAAUGUGGCAUCGUAGUGCUUUCAGUGCUUGGUGUGGAUGUGGACAGUGGCUCUCCAGAACAGAGGCUGGGGCAAUUGGCAUGCAGAGCAGACAUGCAGACCACGACCCUUCUCCACUCCAAGCAUGUCUUGGAACAGGUGCCGAGAGCAAAGGAACACCACUGGAAUUGAGAUUUGAGCGAACGAAUGAAUCCGCAUGUGAUUCCCUAAUUCUCCUGCCGUGGCUGUGACCCACUGAGGUCAAAGGGGGCAGCCAUUCAUGGGAUAUUCCCCAUAUGAACUGACCCAGACCCUAGGACAAUCACCUGAGUCCCUUUGACAUGUGUUUCCCUCCAUGGGAGGUCUGGAGGGUGACUACAUCAGAACAGGGCCUUUUCAGUGGUGGCUCCUCAUUUGCAGAAUGAGGCUUUCCCUGGGAUGCUUGCCUGGCACCAUCCUUCAAGUGCAAAAGCAUUCCUUUUAAACCAGGCCUUUCGAUUUUAACUAUCUGUGGUCUUUUAGAGUGGGUGGCCUGUUUCAACAUACCCUAUAUCUUUUUCCUGGUUUUAUGUACCGUAUUUUUGGCUCUAUAAGAUGCACCUGACCUUAAGACACACCUAGUUUUAGAGGAGGAAAACAAGGGGGGAAAAAUAUUCUGAAUCUGCGCAGUGCCUCUCCAGCAAAGCGGGGGGAGAAAUGGAAGGGGCUCCGUUUCUCCUCCCACUUCGCUGAAGGAGCUCUGCGCAGCUUUCCCUCUCUGCACAGCGCCUCUCCAGCGAAGCAAAGUCAGAACAGCAAAAGGGAUCACUGCUUUCGCUGUGCAACGAUCCCUCUUGCUGUUCUGGCUUCUGGGAUAGCUGCACAGCCUGCAUUCGCUCCAUAAGACGCACACACAUUUCUCCUUACUUUUUAGGAGGGAAAAAGUGUGUCUUAUAGAGCGAAAAAUACGGUAGUUUUCUUCCCCAAGUUGUUCUGUACUUCGUUUUCAGUUUCUGGGGGGGAAAGUAAGCAACCAAUACAGGCAUAGACAAACUCGGCCCUCCAGAUGUUUUGGGACUACAACUCCCAUCAUCCCUAGCUAACAGGACCAGUGGUCAGGGAUGAUGGGAAAUGUGGUCUCAAAACAUCUGGAGGGCCAAGUUUGCCUAUGCCUGAACUAAUAUCUUUCAUAAAGAAACAUCUUUUUGGUUUUCUCAAGUUUUGCCGGGUUUUGCGCUGCUGAUUUGCGUGUUUUGCUCAUCUGGAACUCAGCAACCUUCUCGCCUCUUGCUUCUAGGCCGGACAGCAGCGCUGGUGGGAGCAGGAAAUUGCUGUGAACCUGAAGAUCCAGAAGGGAGAAUUGAUCACCUACAACCUGACAGAGCUGAUCAAGCCUGAGGCUUACGAAGUCCGCCUGACCCCGGUCACCAUAUUCGGAGACGGAGACUCGACCAUACGCGUGAUCAAAUACAGCGGUAAGAAUAUUUGCUUCGUCGUAGUAAUUUCGUAGAAUUGUAGAUUGUAAACAAUCACCCCUCAAAACCUCAAAGUAGUUUUCGGAAAAGGCAAGACAAUGAAGCCAUCGGGAAAUGAAAUAAUUAAAAUAUUCCAAAGAUAAAAUCAGUGACAAAAAAAAACACCACAGAUUAAAACGUGCAGACAGCCCUGGAACUACGCCUUGCAAAUUGCAGAGGGUUUCUUUGCAAGCACUGCAUUGUAGGAAGGGAGGACUGGGUGAUCCUAUGGGGUCCCUAAUUUGAGGAUCUUGGGAAAUGUGGCUCUUCAAAGCUUUAGACAAUAUCCCUCCCUCAACAAAUGGCUUUUUUUCCUUUUGCAGCAAUAGGACAGGAGGGUGUCUCGCCUCACAGUAAUGGAACAUUAGAUUCCAGUAGCACUUUUAAAGCCAAUUAAUCGUAUUAAUAGAGCAUAAACCUUUUGUCGGCUGAAACGUCCUCCUCCAAAUGCCAGGAACGAAACUGUUAUCAGCCGGUAACCAAAGGCAGUUAAUUGAAUGUUUACAAUCUCCCUCUACCUCGUUUUUAAAGGGGGAAUUUUCCACAUUGUAAGUACAUCGUCAUAAAAAAGGCUGUUUUUUAAGGCUGCCUUUUAUAGCAUGAGAGGAAGCCAAAACCCUUCACUAGGGCCUUAGCUAAGCCUGCCAAACAGAUCCAUCAUGCUUGCAGAACUUGGCUGCCCGCAGGAUCAGGUCCCAAUAGCAGGAGGUGCUGCAGGGAGCUGGCAGCAGAGGAAGCGAGAUGCUGUGAAGCCUGCUGUCUAGUCAAAGAGAUACCUGCUCUCUUCUGGGAAACACAGCCAGAUGGGCAGGGUAUAAAUAAAUUAUUAUUAUUAUUAUUAUUAUUAUUAUUCCUUGAUCACACCCAGGGGAGUCUUUAGUGUAUGCGCCGCCAGGGUGCAAAGAUCCAUCCAGCUCCCCCAAGUCUGAGAAGCGCCGCCGUUGUGAAUGACAAGCGCCGCUGCUGGUGCGGCACGUCUUUGGUAAAUGAGCACACAAAGUCGAAAGUCCUUUAGUGAAACAGUAGGUAUACAUUUCGGUAACACCUGGGUAUACAGUAAUACCUCAGGUUACAGACGCUUCAGGUUGCGUUUUUUCAGGUUACGGACCCGCUGAAACCUGGAAGUACCGGAACAGGUUACUUCCAGGUUUCGGGGGUCGCGCAUGCACAGACGCGCUAAAUCGUGCUUUGUGCAUGUGCAGAAGCGUCGAAUUGCAACCCGCGUAUGCGCAGACGCACUGCUGAGGGUUGCGAACGCUGCGGGUUGCGAACGUGCAUCCCGCAUGGAUCACAUUUGCAACUCGAGCAUCCACUGUAUAUGUAUAUUGUUUUUCUAGCUUGAUCAAAAUUACUUAUUAUUUCAUAACAGGUAGAUAGUUAAGAGCUUAGGCGGUUUCAGAGGUGGGCGCCGGGCGCCCCCCAGAAUUCAGCGCCUGGGUGCCCUGCGCCCCUUGCACCCCCAGGUAAAGAUGGCCCUGGUCAGACCCCACCUGGAAUCCUGUGUCCAGUUUGGGGCACCACAAUCUAAGAAGGAUACUGGCAAUCUGAUAAGCUGGGAGGUGUGCAGAGGAGAGCAGCCAAGAUGAUCCAGGGUCUGGAAACCAAGCCUUGUGGAUAAAGACCCGACCCUGGCUGCAGAGGCCAGCCAUCCUGGCUAGGAGCCAUCAAUUGUCCUCUCCUCCAUGAAUUUCUCCAAAGUUAUUUUUAAACCACCUAGGUUUGGUGGCUACCACUGCCUUCUCUGAGAGCGAGUUCAAUAGUUUGCCUACGCCCUGGGUGAAGAAGUCCUUUUAAAAAAAAUCCAUCCUGAAUAUUAUCUCUGUUGCAGGCACACACACAUGUAUGUAUAUACUUGGCUGGCUCUCCUGCGCGAAAAAAGGAGGGCAACAUCUUUUUCAAAGAAUGAGUCAUUUUGGCUUGUGCAAAGUGCCACACAUGCAAUUAGAAGUUUAUUGAGAAUAUUAAUAGUCUGAUUCAUGGCUCUUUGGCCGCAGGCUGGAAAGAGAGGAGUUGGGGGAGAGCGAAAGAUUAGUCAUGCUACCAACUGGGUAGUAAAUUCUUCCUUAACUCCUGCAUUCGUCUUGCUUUAACGUUUGAACUCCUGCGUGGUAAAUGUUUACGAUAUCGCCUGCCUUCCUCUUGACUCACGGCUGCAAAUGAGCCUGUUAUCCAGGUAUUGUCUGAGGCUAUCUCCAUGACAACGCCAAACACUCAAGGUGGACGCAAUCAGAUCUGCUCCGGAAAUAAGCAGGAAUAAGUGGAUUACUUCAUCCAGAUUCUAAUUAUUAUUUAUCUGCAUGCCACCGUUUUGCCAAAGCUGGUUUAUGGUUAGGACAAUGGUUUGCAGGGGGGACUGAGAGGAGAAAUGAGAGCCGUCUUCAAAUAUCUCAAGGUCUGUCAGGUGGAAGAUGGAGCAGGACUCGAACCAGCGACAUCAAGUUACAAGAAAGGAGAUUCAGAAGAACUUUCUGACAGCAAGAGCUCUUCGACAGUGAAAUCAUCUCCCUAGGAGGUGGUGGACUCUCCUUCCUUGGAGGUUUUUAAGCAGAGGUUGGGUGGCCAUCUGUCAUUUAGAUGAGAUUCCUGCAUUGCAGGAAGUUAGGCUAGAUGCCCUCAGGUUUCCUUCCAACUGUACAUUCCAAUUAUUCUAUGAUUUUAUAGUUAGAAAUAAGGAGUAGUGGGGAGGAGCAUUCAGGGAUUGACUCUUACGCAUUGGUGCAUAACAAAGUUGCAUCGUGACCAGGGAUGUUCUAGGACAGGCACGUUCAACAGGUAGAUCACGAUCUACUGGUAGAUUGCGGGGUGUUCCUGGUAGAUCUCUGGUCCCUCAGGGAUAUUCUUCCCCCCAAGAUUAAGGUCCACUAUUUGACUGCAGAUUCAGGACCCUAAGCUGUGUUUGGUCUUUGUCCAUGGAAUUUUCUUGGCAGGGAUACUGGAGUGGCUUGCCGGUUCCAGGUGGAUCACGUUUGGUCAAAACUCUCAACUAUGACCUGUCCAUCUUGGUUGGCCCUACAUGUCAUAGCUCAUAGCUUCUCUGAGUUAUUCAAGCCCCUUCACCACGGCAAGGCAAUGAUCCAUGGGCUGCAAGAAGAUCAAACCUCUCAAUUCUGAAGGAAAUCAGCCCUGAGUGCUCACUGGAAGGACAGAUCCUGAAGCUGAGGCUCCAAGACUUUGGCCACCUCAUGAGAAGAGAAGACUCCCUGGAAAAGACCCUGAUGUUGGGAAAGAUGGAGGGCACAAGGAGAAGGGGACAACAGAGGAUGAGAUGGUGGGACAGUGUUCUUGAAGCUACCAGCAUGAGUUUGACCAAACUACGGGAGGAAGUGGAAGACAGGAGGGCCUGACGUGCUCUGGUCCAGGGGGUCAUGAAGAGGCGGACACAACUGAACAACAAGCUGUGUUUUACACAAUUGACUUUUUAUUAUGUUCUGUGUAUAUCGCAAUGCUCAUUCAGUUCCAUUCAUUCAUAGAUUAAAUUCCAUUCAUUCAUUUGCUUGCUAAGAAAAGCUCAACAACUUUGAUCCAUCCAUGGGUAGAUCACUGCCAGUUUUUUUAUACUGUGAGUAAAUCGCAGUCUAUUGGGAGUUGGACGUCCCUGUUUUAGGAUGAAGUAGUUGCUCCUGCAGCUCCACUACCUUAGGGAUGGGAGAGAUAAUCGAUCCAUUUCACACUGAAAGGCAUAUCUACGUAAUUCACACUUUCUGAGAUGAUGUGCCAGCUGAAACAGAGGCAAAUUUCCAAAUUUUCUCCUCUCUGAAUUUUGCACUGCAUUUCCCCAGCCUAGUAAUGUGCACAGAAAUGCAUAUAUUUGCAUAGAAAUGCACAUAUUAGUGAAACUGCCAAACCGAGAAGUGUCUGUUAGGGGAAAUUGCUUUGCAUUUUCUCCUCUCGACAAAUCUGCGGAGUAAGCUGGUCUCAGAGGCAGUAACUGGCUUAAGGUCCUGCAGUGAGCUGCAAGGCUGAGGCUGAAUUCGAACCCGGGUCUCUCUCAGGUCGUAGCCCAGUGCUCUAUCCACCACCCUGCACUGGUUUGCCACCGUCUCUCCCACCCAUUCGGUGCCAGAACUUUCAGAAGGGACAGCGGAAGAAUCACCGUGAGCUGCAUCUCCCCCCACCUACAUUUCCAGAUUCUCUUUUCGCUGCCGUUCCCUGACAUUCAAAUAACUAACCAGCAUGUUGGAUUUGUUUCUGUGCUCCUGUCACUCACAGGGGAAGUGAGCUUUGUUUGCCAGCCCACCCGUUCUGCCCUGGCCGCCCCACUGAGAACAAUAUGAAUAUUGCGCCAUUCAAGGUCCGCCAUUAAUGAUAGCUUCCCUGAAAGCCACAAAGUUUGGCGACAAAGCGAGUGUCGCUCAGCGCUGUCCCCCCCACAAUUGGGGUUCAUUUGGAGUCAGGAGGAUGCCAAAAAAGGGAGAGAGAAAGUGCGUUCCUCAGCAAAUGAGAAGUAAUUGUGUUAGCAAACACGGAGAGGGCGAUCUUGAAUAAUUGACUACGUUUUUCCCGUGGAAAAUUACACAGGAAGCAAAUCGCUGAUUAUUCUUCUUAGAGAAAGGAAUGGGGUGGGGGAAUAAAGGCAGUGCAGCUGAAUCAAAGUGUUCUUUCAAAAGGGGUUUUGCUGAGUAAAAUUUCAGACCAGGGUAGCACUCCAGUGCUCAGAUCCAUAACGGGCUCAGAUCCAUAAAGGCGGAAAGGUCAGCACUGGAGCCAUUUUCAUGGGCAUCCAAUGCAGGUGACUGGGGGAAGAUUUGGGUCAAACAAAAGGAAGUCCUUCAUGCAGUGCAUAGCCAGACUUUGGAACUCCCUGCCACAGGAGACAGUGGCAGCCACCAACCUAAUUAACGGAAACGCCGUUUACCUUCCCGCCGGAGUGGUACCUAUUUAUCUACUUGCACUUUGACGUGCUUUCAAACUGCUAGGUUGGCAGGAGCAGGGACCAAGCAACGGGAGCUCACCCCAUCAUGGGGAUUCAAACUGCCAACCUUCUGAUCUGCAAGCCCUGGGCUCUGUGGUUUAACCCACAGCACCACCCGCGUCCCAGCCACCAACCUAGAUGGCUUUAAAAGAGGAUUGGACUGAUUCAUGGAGGAGAAAAGGGCUAUCGGUGGCUCCAACCAGGAUGAAGUCUAUGCUCUGCCUUCAGAGCUGGAGGCAGGAAUGCUUCUGAAUACCUGUUUCUGGAAACCACAGGAGGAGAGGUUGUUCCUGUGCUCAGACUCUUCCUUUGGAUUUCCACAGGCGUCUGGGUGGCCACCUUGAGAACAGGAAGCUGUGGCAUCUAUGGCACCAUUUGAAUGGCCUCGGUGUAAAAUAAAAUAAAAAAACAAGGAAAAUAGAUAUGAAAAGGUGAAAGAUAUUAUAAGAUAACAUAAAAAGAACAAAGUAAUAAUUACCAUAUUUUUUCGCUCCAUAAGACGCACCUGACCAUAAGACACACCUAGUUUUUAGAGGAGGAAAAUAAGAAAAGAAAUAUUCUGAAUGAAACAGUGGAUGUAUGAUUUUUGUGGUUCAUGCUGUGGCCACAGACAUGUGAUUUGACGGUGAAUUUGGGGUGACCCAAUUCAAAAAUCCUGAGGAUCCAUGUGGAUCUGUGGUUUGUAACCAUGUUUUUGCACCAUUGUGGCCCCACGCAACAGUGGGUGCAUGAUUUUUUUGGUGCAGGCUGUAGCCAUGGACAUGCUAUGUGAUCUGAUGGUGAAUUUGGGGUGACCCAAUGCAAAAGUCCUGAGGAUCCAUGGGCUUUUACCUCCCCCCUCCCAGGCAGCCUCCACUAGCCUCCCUUAUCUCUCUUCCGAUCCUACCGAUCAGCUGUUUCCUUUCAACACUCCCUUCCCUCUUGUUUGCCUUAGUGUCUUUCCCUUAGCUGGAGCAGUUUUUUGCUCCUCCUUUUCUUCUAUUUUUCUCUCCUUAUUGCUUUAGUCUUCCUGUUUCCCCCUUUUGCAAGUUUGCUGUCUUUACCUCCCCCCUCCCAGGCAGCCUCCUUUAUCUCUAGCGUCCCUUAUCUCUCUCCCCAGAAACUAUCAGCGGCUUUGUUUCAACACCCCUUUCCCUCUUUCAAAAAAAAAAGAAAGAAAGAAAAAAGCACGAUCUGCUUUUUGCCCCUGGGCAAUUCGGCUCCAGGGACCACGCAUUUGCUUCAUAAGAUGCACAGACAUUUCCCCUUACUUUUUAGGAAGAAAAAAGUGUGUCUUGUGGCACAAAAAAUACGGUAUAUGUACAACAGAUAGUAGAAAUGGUAAAUACACUGGGGGGGGGUAUGACAGGAAGUCUUAUGUACUUUAGUAAGAAUGAAUGGUGAAAUGGACUAACUAAGAUUGAACUGAUUUUUAUUUGUAUACUUGGACAUAAUCAUACACAGGAACGUUUUGUUAUCAAUUAAUUUCAAUAAAGCAUGUGAAAGCUAAGAGAGAGAGAGAAAGAACAGGAUGUUGGACUAGAUGGGCCGCUGGCCAGAUGUAGCAGGUUCUUCUUCUGAAGAGUUGCCUGGGAGAAGACAGAGAAUCCGAGUGAAUGAGAUGGGCUGGAGAAAGGAAGCAGAGGUAUUGCCUGCAAAGACCUCUUGGGCAAGCCACAUAUUUCUUUACACAUUGCAUAGUCAAACUUAGCACAUGCUUCCAGAGGAGGCUGGGAUGGGUACCACCUUGGGCGGCCUUGAAAUCAGGAACGUACAAAUUUGUGGAGGGGAGGGCUGUUGGUGGCUAGAGUUUCUGGGAAGUUGCAGGAGGGGAGGGUUGCAUUCAUGAUCAGAUUUCAGGUUCUCCGCAGGCAUCUGGGUAGCUGCCGAGAGAACAGCAUGCUGAACCAGGUGGGCCAUUGGCCUGAUCCAGCAGGCUCUUCUUACUCUCUUAUAUGUUGUUUAGUCGUUUAGUCGUGUCCGACUCUUUGUGACCCCCUGGACCAGAGCACGCCAGGCACUCCUGUCUUCCACUGCCUCCUGCAGUUUGGUCAAACUCAUGCUGGUAGCUUCGAGAACACUGUCCCACCAUCUCGUCCUCUGUCGUCCCCUUCUCCUUGUGCCCUCCAUCUUUCCCAACAUCAGGGUCUUUUCCAGGGAGUCUUCUCUUCUCAGGAGGUGGCCAAAGUCUUGGAGCCUCAGCUUCAGGAUCUGCCCUUCCCGUGAGCACUCAGGGCUGAUUUCCUUCAGAAUGGAUAGGUUUGAUCUUCUUGCAGUCUAUGGGACUCUCAAGAGUCUCCUCCAGCACUAGAAUUCAAAAGUAUCCAUUCUUCGGCGAUCAGCCUUCUUUAUGGUCCAGCUCUCACUUCCAUACAUCACUACUGGGAAAACCAGAGCUUUAAUUAUACGGACCUUUGUUGGGAAGGUGAUGUCUCUGCUUUGCUUUUUAAGAUGCUGACCCUCUUAUAUACACAUUGCUUUUCAAACCUAUUUCCAUGAAACACAACAGGGAUGGGGAAUCUGUGGCCUUCCAGAUGUUUUUGGAUUACAGCCCCCACCCUGCUAGACCAUUGGCUAUGGUUCCUGGGCCUAAUGUGAGUUGGCAUUUAACAACAUCGAGUGGGAGCAAACGUUCCCCUAUCCCUGAAGUAGGAUGCAGAAGAACAAAUGGGUUCCAGAUAUUCAGAUCCGAGAUCUUCCCUUCUUCUGUAGCCUUGGAGUCACAUUACAUCAUUUAUCUUUGUAAUUAUUUUAUUAUAUUUUAUUUAUAAAAUUCCUACGCCUUUGCAGGAACUUAUUUAUUUAUUAAAUCUCCUCUGACGUAUCAGCAAGAGUCAGGCAGAGUGCCAGGAUUUCCUUCCCCAUUCCCUCCAUCUCAGAAGUUGUUUUACUGAAACAUGAAUAUACGCUUACAAAAUAAACCCACUUGAACCGGAGGCGAAAUGUUCGUUGUAAUGCAUUUAUGUCAUACGAGUAUUUAUGUAAUGCCUUUCACUCUACAGAAAUAAGGCCAGUGCAAAGUUAAUAUAAAAAAACUGGACAAAAUUAAACUGACAAAACAUAAAAAAUGCAACAUCAGAAAUCCAGUUUUCUGUAGGUGGUUUUGUAUGCACACCAUUUAGAUGUAUGAAAAAUUGAGGUCUUGAAUAAAUAAAUGUAAAUGCCUUAAAUAAAACGAACUGAGGAUGCAAUUUAAGUGGAUUUGGAAAGAUAAUUAGAGGGGGCAGAGAAUCAGCCGCAAAUUUCUCAUCAGCAUGUGCAGAAAUUAAUUAAUUUUAGGAUCUUCUCUCUCCUUCCCUUCUAGCCCCAAUGAAUCCUCACCUACGUAAGUAUUUGCAAUACCUGGUUUCUGCAUUAAUUAGAAUGAAAUAUCAAUAAAAAUAAUCUAUUGUAUGCUUAGGGAAGUUGCUUGCUUCUCUGUUUGCUAAACAAUUUGGAUACCUCUUCAGAUGUCAUGACCCAAUUUUGCAUGGUUGCCUCCUUAGAUCAAGGGAGCAGCUUUUUGCCUAUGUUGGGAUGUGGUUGGGUGCCAUUUUGAAUCAAGAUGGCAGACCGAACUUUUCAAAGCAGCACUGAUUUUAACCAAAUUUUGCAUGAUGGUUCUUGAGAUCAUGGGAACAGGUUUUCGUCUGUGUUGGGAUACAGUUAGAUGCUGAACGGAACCUCUCUAUAAUAUUGUAUUUUAAUAUUCUGUUGGAAGCUGCCCAGAUAUUCUGGGAAACCCAGCCAGAUGGGCAGGGUAUAAAUAUUAUUAUUAUUAUUAUUAUUAUUAUUAUUAUUAUUAUUCCCAAACAAUGCUGGCUAUGAGCCUGCUGUUUAUUGAUGCAAGGAGGAAUGUGACAUAGCACUAAGGAGAUCCCUCCAUAAAUGCAAAGAUUUGUGCUUGCCUCAUGGAACAAUCUCACUCUCCUCCUUCUGCCCUGGGGUUAUUUUGAGGGCAAGGGAAGAGAAGCAGAGCCAGCCUACUCCCUAGGAUCCUAGGUGCAGUCUCUUAAUUUCUUUUUUUGCUCCCAGCUUUUAAAAGCACUACUACAGAGUUCGGUGCAACCUACAGCCUGAUCCCAUGCAUGUUUACCUAGCUGUAAGUCCUCCUGCAUUCGAUGGGUUUUGCAGCCCGAUCCCAGGCAGGUUUUCUCAGAAGUCCCAUUGAAUUCGGACGAAUUUUCAGCUAAACCUACCUAGGGAUGUUCUGCUCUGCUUUACAACCUCCACCCCAUGCCCCACGUCCUUCCACCGCUGCUCCUUCCUGCCCCCACCAAGAAAUCUUCUACAUCAGGCAUGUCCAACCGGUCGAUUGCGAUCUACCGGUUGAUCGCUGGGUGCCCCUGGUCGAUCCUGGUCGACUGCAUGAACCAGAUUGAUUGCCCAACAACAAUCAAUUGUUGGAAAGCUCAACAACUUUGGUCAAUCUAAUGCCAUUUUUUUUUAUAGUGGGAGUAGUUUGCAGUCUCUUGGGAGUUGGGCAUACCUGUUCUCUGUGUUCCUGCAUGCAGGCAAAAGCUUUGCUUGACCUCCCAGGCUGUCUACUCCUAGAGGUUGCCAGGGCUAAGGUCCAAAGUGGAGCGUUGUCUCAGGGUUGUCCGCAUUCAGCCUUCUUGAGAAGAUGAGCUCCAAACGCUACACGGUUGUUGAAAUCCUCUUUUUUUCAUGCGAAUGCGGUGUCCGUCUGUUGGCAGGAGAAUUCCACUGCGGCUUUGAAGACGGCAACAUUUGUUUGUUCACCCAAGACGAGAAGGACAACUUUGACUGGACGAGGCAAAACAUUAUCCUCCGGGACACCAAGUACACCCCAAACACAGGGCCCAGCGCUGACCGGUCAGGAUCCAAGGAAGGUAAAGUUCAUAUCUCGGCCUAAAGCUCAGGUUGGCUUUUGACCAAACACAAGAACUCCUUCACUCUUCCAUUUGUAAUGUCUUGGGUACUCUGGGUGAUGAACUCUGUUGGGAGAGACACUAAGGGAAUGUGUCCCUUGAGCAUCUUUAUUUUAUUUAUUUUAUUUUAUUUCUAUACCGCCCUAUACCUGGAGGUCUCAGGGUGGUUCACAACAAGACAACAACAUAUAAAAUCAAACCAAAAUCAAUAACCCAAUAAACACCCUUCCCAAAAAAGUGCCACAUUCUAAAAGAGUGUUGGAUGUCAAUAAGAUCAACCAAAGGCCUGGUUAAAAAGGAACAUUUUUGCCUGGCGCCUAAAGGUGUAUAAUGAAGGCGCCAGGCGAACUUCCCUGGGGAGAGCAUUGCACAGACGGGGAGCCACUGCAGAGAAGGCCAUGUUCUCAUGUUGCCACCCUUCGGACCUCUCGAGGAGGGAAACGAAGAGGGGCCUCAAACCGUCUUGCUCUGGUGAGCAACCUGGCCAUUGAAUUCUGCACCAGCUGAAGUUUCCGAACCGCCUUCAGGGGCAGCCCUACAUAUAACAUAUUGCAGUAAUCUAACCUUGAGGUUAUCUUAUGUGCUGGACAUCUCUGGGAAGGAUGCUACCAUUUGAGCCAGGAACUUUUAAGUCUAAUAUGUCCUGAUUGCACAUUCAUAGGAAGUUGCAAUUGGCCUUUGGGACCUGAGAGGUGAGGGGGUGACAGGGGGACCCUGGAAGUGGCAAUUUAAAACUUCUGCUAAGUGACUCUAAACUAGACAUUGGGAAUCUGGCGUCAUUUCAUGCUCACCCAUCAUGUUAAGAAUUUAUCGAAAAUUGACAUACAGGGGUACCUCAGGUUAAGUACUUAAUUAGUUCCGGAGGUCCGUUCUUAACCUGAAACUGUUCUUAACCUGAAGCACCACUUUAGCUAAUGGGGCCUCCCGCUGCUGCCGCACCGCUGGAGCACGAUUUCUGUUCUCAUCCUGAAGCAAAGUUCUUAACCUGAAGCACUAUUUCUGGGUUAGCAGAGUCUGUAACCUGAAGCGUAUGUAACAUGAGGUACCACUGUAGUUGUUAAAUGUGGCCUCUAAGACCCUUGCUAAAUCAUCAUCAUCACUUUUUUUUUUUUUGCAAGUAAAUUUUUAUUCAGAAUUUGUAUAAAGUAAUCAUCAUCAUCACUUUUAAUUUGUAUACCGCCUUUCUAUCUUACAAUACUCAAGGCAGUUUACAAGCUGAAGAAACAAAGAAUGUACACCUUAUAACAAUCUAAUGCGAUACAAAAAAUGUGAUAAUAAAACAUAGCUUUAAAAUAAGCAACCUACAUCAAAUAAAGCAACAUUCAACAAUCAUUAGAAUAGUGUAGAAUAAUAAUAUCAGCAUAUAAAAAUUAAAGAGAAACCCACUAUAAAUAAAUAAAUUACAAUAAAUAAAUAAAUUACAAUAAAUAAUUUCAAAACUACAAUCAAUAAAACAACGGCCAGUCACAGUGCAUAAAAUAAUACAAUACAAAUUGAGAAGCAGAGACUGGAGGGUGGGGAAGGAGGCCUUGCCUGAUGGAGUCUCUUUCAGGCCUUGGAAAGCUGGUAACAUUGGAUCAAAUUCAUCAGUUUUGUUAAAUCAAUUCAACCAGAAUUUCCCAAACUUGGGUCUCCAGCUAUUUUUGGACCACAACUCCCAUCAUGCCUAGCUAACAGGACCAGUGGUCAGGGAUGAUGGGAAUUGUAGUCCAAAGGCAGCUGGAGACCCAAGUUUGAGAAAGCCUGAAUUAAACUGAAUAGUUUCAACUGGAUUUUGAAUAUAUGUGCAAUUAAUUGCUACCGUUUUGAAUUCCAUUGCAUUGCCAGCUUCCUUUGUGGGUCAUGCAAAGAGCUAUUCUGAAUAAUGCUUUUUAUAGGGAAGGGGGGCACUGGGGUGACUUUAUGGAAGCAAGAGGGCGGUGACCCCCCAAAAAGUUUGGGAACCGCUGAUUUACCUGCUUAUGAUCCACGCAACAGUCACCUCCAGGCUUGACUACUGUAAUUCGCUCUACGCGGGGCUGCCCUUGAAGCUGUCCCAGAAACUCCAGCGGGUGCAGAAUGCUGCAGCGAGGCUCCUCAUGGGGUCUCUGCCAUGGGAGCAUAUUCACCCAGUGCUUUUCCAGCUGCACUGGCUCCCGGUGGAGUACAGGGUCAGGUUCAAGGUGCUGGUUUUGACCUUUAAAGCCAUUCACGGCCUAGGACCCUCGUACCUACAUGACCGCCUCUCCUGGUAUGCCCCACGGAGGACCUUAAGGUCCAUAUAUAGCAACACGCUAGAGGUCCCGGGCCCUAAGGAAGUCAGCCUCAACCAGAGCAGGGCCUUUUCAACACUGGCCCCGGCCUGGUGGAACGCUCUGCCUCAUGAGACCAGGGCCCUGCGGGAUCUGAUUUCUUUCCACAGGGCCUGUAAGACAGAGAUGUUCUGCCUGGCCUUUGGCUUAGAAUCAGUUUGAUUCCCUCCCCCUCUUUCUUUUUCCUUUCUCCUCCUGUGAAGAGGCUGCAUCCUAAUGUUUUAAUGUUGGAAUUUAAACUUUUUAAAUUGUAUUUUAAUCAACUUGUUUUUAUUAUUGGUUGUUAGCUGCCCUGAGCCCGGUCUUGGCUGGGGAGGGUGGGGUAUAAAUAAAAAAAUUAUUAUUAUUAUUAUUAUGGUCUACAGCCUGGGCAGAAGGAGAAGCUCCUUUCGUGGGUUCGGUUGGCUGCUGUCAUCUUGCCUCUUGACCUUGCUGUUUCCUCUUUGCAGGGUUCUUCAUGUACAUUGAAGCCUCCAGUCCCAGGAAGGAAGGAGACCGGGCCAGACUGACCAGUCCUCUUUUCAGCAUCCCCCCCAAAAACCCCUACGGAGCCACCAACACGGCAUACUGCUUCAGCUUCUAUUACAACAUGUACGGACAACACAUAGGUGAGCUGAUUCUGCCGCUCGUGUUAAUUUCACUGCUGUCCCGAGAUUGUAUUGUUGUUUAGUCAUUUAGUCAUGUCUGACUCUUCGUGACCCCCUGGACCAGAGCACGCCAGGCACUCCUGCCUUCCACUGCCUCCCGCAGUUUGGUCAAACCCAUGCUGGUAUCUUCUAUAACACUGUCCAACCAUCUUUCCCAGCAUCAGGGUCUUUUCCAGGGAGUCUUCUCUUCUCAGGAGGUGGCCAAAGUAUUGGAGCCUCAGCUUCAGGAUCUGUCCUUCCAGUGAGCACUCAGGGCUGAUUUCCUUAAGAAUGGAGAGGUUGGAUCUUCUUGCAGUUCAUGGGACUCUCAAGAGUCUCCUCCAGCACCAUAAUUCAAAAGCAUCCAUUCUUCAGCGACCAGCCUUCUUUAUGGUCCAGCUCUCACUUCCAUACAUCACUACUGGGAAAACCAUAGCUUUAACUAUACGGACCUUUGUUGGAAAGAUGAUGUCUCUGCUUUUUAAGAUGCUGUCUAGGUUGGUCAUUGCUUUUCUCCCAAGAAGCAGGCGUCUUUUAAUUUCGUGACUGCUGUCACCAUCUGCAGUGAUCAUGGAGCCCAAGAAAGUAAAAUCUCUCACUGUCUCCAUUUCUUCCCCUUCUAUUUGCCAGGAGGUGGUGAGCCCAGUGGCCAUGAUCUUCGUUUUUUUGAUGUUGAGCUUCAGACCAUAUUUUGCGCUUUCCUCUUUCACCCUCAAUAAAAGCUUCUUUAAUUCCUCCUCACUUUCUGCCAUCAAAAUUGUGUCAUUUGCAUAACUGAGGUUGUUGAUAUUUCUUCCGGCGAUCUUAAUUCCAGUUUGGGAUUCAUCCAGUCCAGCCUUUCGCAUGAUGAAUUCUGCAUAUAAGUUAAAUAACACAUAGGUGAGCUGAUUCCGCCACUCGUGUUAAUUUCACUGCUGUCACGAGAUACGUUUGCCCAGAUCUUCCGAUUGAUGUUGAAUGUUCUCUGGGCAGGGAAGAUUCCUCUCCUCCUCUCCUCUUCUCCCCUACCUUUGACCUUUAUUCUGUCCUUCAUCUCCAGUGCCUGGUCUUUGGGGAUGAGCUGAGACUGCUUAGCAAACAUUGCUACUGGCCUUGCCCUUUUCAACAUCUCUUGCUUGACCUCCGGAGAGAAUGCAGACGUGGAGAAGUUGGUGGAAGGGAGCUCUGGCUUAGCCAAAUGCCCCAGGGAGGUCCAUUGUCUCUCACCACGGCCAGCCUUUAUUCUUAAUGUUCCCAGACAUCCCAUUACAUUUCAGCUGUUAGAUCAUAGGAUCACAGAAGCGUAGAGUUGAAAAGAAGUUGUGCAGAUUUAUUUUAUGUUAUUUUAUUUAUAUAAAAAAAUCUGUACUGCUGUAUCAUUAAAUAGAUGUGUAUAUAUCAAAGCUGUUUACAACAAAAGUACAAUAGAAACCAUAUAAAGAGUUAAAAUCUGGCAUCAGUCAACUACUGAGUGAAGGUUGUAUUCAUAACUACCUGGCAAAAUAGAAAGGUUUUCAGCAGACAUUUAAAAGCUGGCACAAAAGGCACAGUGGCAGGGAGUUCCACAGGACUGGACUAGUUUCUUAUUGCUACCAAGUGAGCCUCUCCAGCUCAGGGAAUGACCAACAAAACUCGUGCAGAUGAUCUCAGAGAUCGAGUUGGGAUUGAAGGGUUCAGUCGAUCCCUGAGAGACCCCGGACAUAAAUUGUUCCGGGCUUUGGGAAUUAAUCCAAGGAAUUCGAACCCAGGUCUGUACUGGAUGUGCAACUGGUGCAGCUGUUUUAACCACGGUGUGCUGUGUUCAUCAGCAACCGAUCAACAUUCUGCACCAGCUGGAGUCUCCAAACCAGACCCAGCCUCUGGCCCUGCUGGGCACAAGUAGCAGGUAGCCUUCAGAAGGUCACCCAGAUACGAAUAUGGCCCUCGGGCCUGAAAAGCACUCCCUGCACCUCUUUCUGGGACACGAAGCCACAGGUCUGGCUGUGGAUUCCUUCCGCCAGUGCCCACAUUGCAAGUCUUGGCCGACUGACUGCCUCCGUCUUUCAUCGCUGCCUGGGAUUAUUCGUCAUCGAAAAUCUUCCAGCCGGAAUCUGUUCCAAAGGAUUUUGGAGACUGUUAAAUUAGGGUAAUGGAUCUGGAAGAGGGCAGGGAGCUUGCUGAGAUGAAUUGACAUCUGCCGUACAAAAGGUUCCCCCCUGAGUCUGGGGAAAAGGUCUGGGAGCCUGAGCAUCUCGAGCGCCAUUUGUCCGAGCGCCCCAGCGUCUUAAAACCUUCUUAAGCUCUUUGCGGAGAUCAAACGGGGCUGCCUGGCAACAUCCAUAUGCAUGAAAGCUCUGCUCCUUAUUAGAGUGGGAAUGAAAGGCCUCGCCGGGCAGACACGAGUUGGGGGGAUAAGCUCCUUUCAAACUUCUCUGGGGUUACUCUUCCGCAAAGUCACCAAGUCAGUUGGAACAAGCUUCUGAGGCCUUCACCAAGUGCCCUCGGAGGUUUGAGGUCUGAAUAAGGCAGGUGCUGUUGUUGUUGUUUAGUCGUUUAGUCGUGUCUGACUCUUCGUGACCCCCUGGACCAGAGCACGCCAGGCACUCCUGUCUUCCCCUGCCUCCCGCAGUUUGGUCAAACUCAUGCUGGUAGCUUUGAGAACACUGUCCAACCAUCUCGUCCUCUGUUGUCCCCUUCUCCUUGUGCCCUCCAUCUUUCCCAACAUCAGGGUCUUUUCCAGGGAGUCUUCUCUUCUCAUGAGGUGGCCAAAGUCUUGGAGCCUCAGCUUCAGGAUCUGUCCUUCCAGGGAGCACUCAGGGCUGAUUUCCUUCAGAAUGGAGAGGUUGGAUCUUCUUGCAGUACAUGGGACUCUCAAGAGUCUCCUCCAGCACCAGAAUUCAAAAGCAUCAAUUCUUUGGUGAUCAGCCUUCUUUAUGGUCCAGCUCUCCCUUCCAUACAUCACUACUGGGAAAACCAUAGCUUGAACUAUACGGACAUUUGUCGGCAAGGUGAUGUCUUCUUUUUAAGAUGCUGUCUAGGUUUGUCACUGCUUUUCUCCCAAGAAGCAGGCGUCUUCUUACAUGUCUUCAAAUCACUGCUGAUGCAUUUGCGAAGCUAAACAGGGUGUGGUGUGGUUUCAGAUUGGAUGAGGAGAACUGUGUGUUGAGAUUCCUGCAUUUCAUAGGGUUGGACUAGAUGCCUCUGGGGGUCCUGUCUGUGAUUCUGUGAGUCUGUGAUUCAAGAGCUCUGGCUCAGCGGCCCAUUUCAGGUUUCUCUUGCGGCAUCCCAUCACCCAACAUCUCACAACCUCCUAACCUUUGCCUUCUGCUGUGUGUCUUUGCUUCCCCCCCAAAGGAACCUUGAAUGUCUACCUGCGGUUAAAGAACCAGGCUUCCAUAGAAAACCCCUUCUGGUCAUCGAGCGGCAACAAAGGGCAGCAUUGGUCUCAGGCCCGAGUGAAUAUACACCCAAACACUUCGUUCCAGGUAAGAUGGUUGUCUUAGAGGAGGAAGAAAGGAGGGUCAGGGGGCCGUAGUCUCACAUGUAACCCCCGUUUUCUUGGUUUCCUCCUUUGUAAAAACCGACCUGUCAUGCACAAAGCACAAGCAACGUGCCUAAGGUGUGCACAAUUCCAAUCAAUCCCAACUAAAAGGAUAUGAAACGCAAUAAAAACGAUCACAAUUAUACUGCAAAAAAAAACAUAGCAGCGGUUCAUAGCACCAAGGAGGUUCCUCUAUUAUUAUUUUUUAAAAAAUCUGUUAUGCAUGAAUGUGCACUCAUGGGAGCAAGCACACUGCCAGCAAAAAGCUCAUAAAUCGCUUUCGGUGUUUUGAAGUUUCUUGGGGUUUGGGGGGCAGGAUCCAAAACAGGGUGGAACAAAAGAGAGAAAUCUCCAGGCAGGAAUCGUCACCCAUAACUACAAUGAGCUUUGGAUGUCCCAUAUUGCAAGUGCUAGAGCAGGGGUCAGCAAACUCACCGUGCCUCAGCCCAGUGUCUCCAGUGCCAAUCGUGCGGCAGGCCAGAGGGCGGGGGAGCGCAUGCCCAUACACAUGUCCACAUGCUAUUUUUGGCGCACUUCCGGGUCGGAGAGCACUGGAAAUUACUUGUACGCAUGUGCACAGGCCUCCUCCGACCCGGAUGUGCACUGGAAAUAAUGCUUGCGCAUGCGCACAACGCUUGCACAUGCGCACAAGCUAUUUCCGGUGCUCCUCUGACCUGGAAGCGGGCAGCCGCGCAGCGCAGUGCUGGUAAGAGCGGGCAGCGGGCGGUGGGGGUCUCUGUGGGCCUGAUAAACGAGUCCCUCGGGCCUUAUCCAGCCCACAGGACUCAGUUUGGGGACCCCUGUGCUAGAGACACAGGCAUCCCACUGAGAUUCUGCAAGUGUCCAGUUCUUUCCUCCAAUUUAACAAACCGAAGCUCCAAUCUGAUUAUCGCCAUAAACAGCCCAUGAGAUUAUUGACUUGAAUGUAAUCUGCCCUGAGAACCUUGGACGAAAGGUCCUCUAGAAUCAUAGGACUGAGGAGUUGGAAGGGACCUGCGGGUCAUCUAAUCCAGCAACUCCCCCUGCAAUGCAGGAAUCACAUAUCAUAGAACUGUCGAUUUGGAAGGGUCCCCAGGGGUCAUCUAGUCCAACCCCCUGCAAUGCAGGAAUCUCAGCUAAAGCAACCCUGACAGAUGGCCAUCAUAUUAGUAAAUCCCCAUAGCCAUCUGUUACAAGCCUACCCACUUGCCAGGGAGCUCUGAAUACCAAUUGCUGGGAAUAAAGCAUGGAGGAGUGAUCUCGCACUCAGGUCCUUGUGGCAGGCUUCCCAUGGACACCUGCUUGGUCCCUGUGAGAUCAGGCUGCAGACUAGAUGGUCUCCCUUUGGCCCAAUCCUUCUUCAGGACCCUCCUUAUAUUCUCCUAAGUUAGUUGCUUCACCAUUAGUGAGCCUUCCUUCUGAGUAAUGGGAUUGCAUUGUCUGUGUCUAAAUAGCCACCCAAGUCAUGAGGACAUUCCUGGGUGCUGAAGCUCAAAUUUGGAAUGACACGUCUUCCUUUGGGACCGUCAUGGGCACAGGAGACUCGUGCUCCUGGUCUUAGAUGUAACGUCCAAAGAUGGAUGAAAUUCAGAGUCUUCUGAACUGGCAGAUGGUGAUUGAGGUCCAACAUUCACAGUCGUCCAGUAGUUCCAUUAUUAUAAUGUGUUACUCAUCUCUUCGUUUGGGUUGCUGAUCAAAGCAUUUUUAAUUUUUUUUGCAUAUGAUGACAUUGCUGAUUAAGCAUCAAUAUUGGACUUUAUAUUGCCAGGCAAAGCAUUCUCUCCCCUCUUGCAUAUGCAUCUGAAAAGGUCUGAAGGUCUGGAGCAUCUGCAGAUGAUUGGCAGGUGCUUCCUGAAAUGGGUCAGGUGGCUGAAUAGAUCCGUUCUGGUUUCUUGCUCUUGGCUGAUGAACAAAAUUGAUCCUUUUGUGUUAAUGCACCUGCCAGAGCUACGAGGCUGGAUUUCACGCGUUGCAGAGGAAAUGAAGAUUUGGCUGCUUUUGAGGGGCAUCCCAUGAAAUUCAAGUUGUCCCUGUGGCGCACUCACAAACAUGUUGCCUUUUCAUAGAUACCUCAAACUCAGUGGGGCUUGCAUCUCAGUAGCCAUGGUUAGAACUGAAUUGCAAGUAGGGAUAUACAGUAAUACAGCACUGAUUUCCAUUCUGAGACAUAUUUGCUGCGUGGCGCUCUGUUUCCGCUCUGCUGCGAUUCGGCUUCUGGCAAAACCUGCUCUUUUCCACCUUGCUCUCUCGCCUGUCGCCUUAUUUCCCAGGAUUAAUUACGCCAUCAGUUGUGCAACUAUUAGGCUGCUCCACCCCAUUGAUUUCAAUGCAAAGGAAACACAAUGCAAAUUGCAGAGGGGGGAGGCAAUAAUCAAUUGUGUGUCAUUUGCAGAAUGAAAACCACAAUGAAUACUGAUAGGGGGACAUUCAGACCAAGAGGGAAACUGCGUACAAGUAUAGAGAGGGCAGGGAGAUAGUGAAUGUGAGUCCCAUGGGGUUCUAGUCUAUGCAGUGUACCCCAAGAACUUUGCCAUUCCCAAGAUAACCCCCCCACACUGAAAAACCCCCAACCCCGGAUGCAUCUGUGAUGUAAAUAGCUUUUGCACAACUCAUUGCUAACUCCAAUGCCCUGUCCUUCUUACUUUCCCCAUGAACAGGACUAGCGAGAGUCUGUUUCAGUGGAAUCAUUCAACUUGUCCAUUCGCUCCUGGAGUUUCCUGCCUCCCUGGUUCCCCUGCCCCUCCUUUUCUUAUUUUACAGCAUAAAACAAAUUUAGGGCCGUGAAAACGCUGAACAAAUAAAGCCGAAUAAAUGUCAGCACAGCUGGAACUUUAAAUUACUUUCUUUCCUUUUUUUGCAGCUCCUGGGCCAACCAAACUUUAUUUUGCAUUUCAGAGCCUAAAUGGGAAGGGAUGUAAACCUCCCAGUUAAUUUUAAGUAGAGUGAAUCAGAGUGAAUCUCUGUCUGCAGUAAAUGCUGUUGCUCCAGCACAGAAAUUAAAGCUUUUUAUAGGUUAAUUCGCACACUGAAGUGCAUCCAAGAUUUAUUUUAUGCUUUCCAGGCCCACAUAUCAUCGGCGAAGCAUUUCUCAUCUGAAGAGGGGAUUAUGAAUGCUUUGCAGCAAUCCCUGAUUCUAAAUGACCAGCUAAGGCAGGGAUAAAUUAUAGCAAGAGCAUUUCCUAGUAUAAACUAGAAUUUAACAUUACUGGAGUGCUGUUUUGUAUAGAUGAAAAGAGUGCCAGUCCUUGCCCAAAGAACCUUCUAAGAUCUCACUGCAGUCUCGCAGUCUGACAGUCUGACAUAGCCCUUUUCUGAACCACCAUAAGAUAUGCAUUAACCACAAAGAAUAUAGAAUCGUAGAGUUGGAAUGAACCCCUGAGGGACAUCUAGUACAACCACCACACUGCAGGAAUCACAGCUAAAGAAUCUCUGACAGAUAGCCACCCAACCUCUGCUUAAAAACCUCCAAGGAAAGAGAGUCUACCACUUUCCCAGGUGUUCCAUCCCAUGGCAAGCAGCUCUUGCCAUCAGAAAGUUUCCCCUAAUGUUUAGUUGGAAUCUCCUUUUCCUAUCAUUUGAAUGCAUCGAUUCAGGUCCUCCCCUCUGGAGCAUGAGAAAACAAGGUUUCUCCACCUUUAACGUAACAGCCCUUGAGAUAUUUGAAGAUGGCUCUCAUUGAACCCCACCUAUCCACAAUUCAAGCUAUUGGGCCAGAUGACAUGAGGGGUGCACAUAGGGAGAAGGAAGAUCACCCAUCCAGGUGAUGGAGGAAUAUGACACACAGAAGCAGGACUGUCAGGACCCAUGCUGUGUCCCUGGAGCUGCAAAAUUGAUUCCUUGCCCUUAUCUCAGACACUGAUUCGGAGCCAGAGGAGCAGAGACAGCAGUUGCCUCAUGGUUUCAGUUGUCUCUAUACUAAUGCACAGAGUAUGGGAAACAAGCAAGACGAAUCCAAGCUUUUAAUUCAGGAUGGCAAAUAUGACCUGGUAGGCAUUACUGAAACCUGGUGGGAUAAAACUCAUGACUGAAAUGUAAGAAACCAAGGGGUAUAACCUGUUCAAAAGGAAUAGACCAAACAGGAAGGGGGGAGGAGUAGCAUUGCAUGUAAAGGAUGUGUACACUUAUGAAGAAAUCCAUGACCUGGAGCAUGGAAGGCAAAUUGAGAGUAUAUGGGAGAAACCUGUAGGUGUGGGAAACAACUGUUCUCUUACUGUGGGGGUCUGUGAUGGAUCUCCAAGCCAGUCUGAAGACUUGGAUGAUGCCUUCUUUUCUUCUUCUUUUUUUGCAUUUAAUCUUUAUAGAUUUUUUAGUAUACAUCACAAUUAUCAUUAUCCAUCAGAAAUAUACAUAAAAAGGAAAAAAAAUACUUAAACGUUAAAAAAAUACUUAAAUGUUGAAAAUGAAAUAAAAUUACCAUAUUUUUCCAUGUAUAAGGCUAGGUUUUUUUCCUUUAAAAUAAUGUCAAAAAUUAGGGGCGUCUUAUACACAGAUAUACCAUUUUCUUAAAUUUGAGUCCCUCCAAAUAGGGGACAUCGUAUACAUGGGGGCAUCUUAUAGAUGGAAAAAUACGGUAUAUAGUAAAGUAUUAAGGCUUCCCUCCACGUGGGUCCUCUAUAUUUCUAUAUUAACUGCAUAUUGAAUAACGUCUAGUUUAUAUUUAUCCAAUAUAUGCAUAGGUUAUGUCACCUUGCAGGAGUCAUUCAAGGCCUGCCAAAAAUUUCAGAUGUUUACCAUGAUUUUUUAGGUAUUGUCUGUAUUUGUCCCAUUCUGUGUUCAGUGUUUGGUCGUCAUGAUUCCUAACUUUCCCUGUUAGUCUUGCCAUCUCAGUGUACUCAAUUAGUUUUGCCUGCCAUUCCAUUUUUGUCGGUAUAUUGUCUCCUUUCCAACAUUGGGCUAAUAGUAUUCUCACGGCUGUGGUUGCAUACGUAAAUAACAUCCUCAAAUCUUUCGGUAUAUCUACGCCUAUAAUACCUAGGAGAAAGGCUUCUGGAUUUUUGGCGAAGGUUAACUAAAAUAAUUUAGUUCAUGGUCGAUCAUGUCCCAAAAUUCCUUUAUCUUUUUGCAUUUCCACCACAUAUGGUACAUAGUAAAGAAAUGUAAAGAAACAGAAGGAACUGUGGAUGAUGCCUUCUUAUAACAGAUUAUCGAACAUUCAGAAAGGAGAGAUAUAGUAGUCAUAGGAGAUUCAACUGGCCCUGUAUCUGUUGGAAGCAACUCUGCCUGCACGAUCCCCUAUUUCUGUUGCUCCUGCUGCACUGAUCAUCUUUUUCAGGUGCAUCUCAUGUGAUCUCAUUGCAGGUUGUUUUUGAAGGGAUCCGUGGCAAGGGUAUCGAAGGCGACAUCGCCAUCGACGACAUCUCGAUUGUGGAAGGCGAAUGCACAAAAGAGGACUAUGUGAACAAUCGUAAGUGCCUCUUUGAUCCACCCUCGUCCUCGCAGCAGCGUUUCAGCCACAAUCUGCUCCCAGGCCCCAGUGUAAAUGUAAUAAUCUAA